UGACCCUCUGAGCCGUAUUUUUCCGUAGCUGCUAUUUUGCACGGAAGACAUGUCUGGACGCGGGAAGCAGGGAGGAAAAGUACGAGCUAAAGCUAAGUCCCGCUCUUCUAGGGCGGGCUUGCAGUUUCCUGUAGGUCGAAUCCACCGUCUGCUUCGCAAAGGCAAAUAUGCGGACCGUAUAGGAGCGGGUGCGCCAGUAUACUUAGCGGCUGUGUUGGAAUAUCUAACCGCAGAGAUCCUUGAACUGGCUGGCAAUGCAUCUCGUGAUAACAAAAAAACUCGCAUUAUUCCCCGACACCUGCAGCUAGCUAUCCGCAAUGACGAGGAGCUCAAUAAGCUGUUGGGUGGCGUGACGAUUGCACAGGGCGGAGUCCUGCCCAACAUUCAAGCAGUGCUGCUGCCCAAGAAGACUGAGAGUCACCACCACAAAUCUCAAAGCAAGUAAUUCCUCCGGAUUCUGUUCGGUGCAUCUGUGACCGAAGUCAGGAAACAAAAGGCUCUUUUCAGAGCCACCUACUAGCUCAGAAAAGGCUGUGCAGUACUAAACAUAUAUUACUGCUGUCGUUAAGUAACCGUCUUAGCAAGCGCCCGUCAGAAGCAACACCUGUCAAAGUGCACUUCCGCAUUGUAUGAGGGAAUUUCCCUCGAGCUCUGGGUCAACCAUUAGUUUGAUAUUUUAGGGGUACUUACGCUUUAGAAUUAUACAGACCUAACUAGGUGUGAUGGCUCUCAGUUGCCAGAACUUGCACUUGAGGUCGAAGUGGGAGGGUCGCUUAAAUCGAGUUUAACAUAGCAGGGACUCUGUCCCCACAGAAACUAGCCGGGCCUGGUGGUGCAGGCCUGUAGUCCCAGCUACUUGCGACGUUGCGGUGGGAGCGUUGAUGUCGGGCAGCGGCAGUUACAGUAAGACAAGAUUGCGCCACUGCACUCCAGUCUGGACGACAAGAGGGAGGCUGUAUUUCAAAAACUGUCGGUUAAGGGCUAUGUAUGGAAGAUUGGAUUGUAAGCAGGAGAGAGCAGCUGCCUUAUUUCCUGAGGAGAACUGACCACUUCCAUCUGAUUAUCAGGGACUGACUCCUGGAAGAAGUGAGCUUUGAGCUGUGCUUAAAGAAAGCAUAAAGGAUGUUAUUGGCAGAAGGAUAAAAAUUUCAGUGAAGAAGAAAGUAAAGUUGGAAGUUAAGGGAGACAAAGUUGAAAACAGAGUGCUGAUAAUCUCCUAGAGCCUGUUUUCACAAUCUUGGAAGCUUGAUGUAAACUGGAAAUUGUUAACAAGUGGUGGCUGAUCCUAUGACUUUAUUCAUUAAGUCUUCUGAAGGAGGUUAAAGGUUCGUCUCAGGUUGGUUUAAUGAUUUAUUUAGAUUUUCUCAGCUGUUACAUGUGAGUCCAUCUAAGGGGUGAUGAGCUAACAAAACAUUGUAAUUUUAUGUAGGGUGUUGGUGCUUUGGCGGGAAACUCUUGCUGAAGGCAGUAUCUGCUAGUGUUGUGAUUGGACUUGGGGUUCCCUCCGGUUUUUGAGAGGAGAUGCUGGAGGGCUGAGGGAUUGGGCCCCGCUGCACAAACCUCUUAGAGAGGUGUCGGUGAUGGAGUCAGAUCUUUAGAGAGGUGAAAAACGUUUUGUGGUAUUUAAUGGUUUCUAGGCAGAGAUUGUGGCAAAUGUAAAUCUAAGCUUAGGUGGAAAGAAUAUUUUGAUGGAGAGAAUAUUCUGUUUAACUUUUUACCAUCGUUCUUUUCUUUUUUUUUGAGAUGGAGUCUCACUCUCCCAGGCUGGAGUGCAGUGGUGUCACUGCAUCCUCUGCUGUCUGGGUUCAAAAAAUUCUUUGGCAUCAGUCUCCUAAGUAGCUGGGAUUAGAGGUGCCUGCCACCACACCCGGCUACAUUUUUGUAUUUUUAGUAGAGACCAUUUUUAGUUACACCAUCUUGGUCAGGUUGGUCUCAAACUCCUGACAUCAAGUGAUCCGCCCACCUUGGUCUCCCAAAGUGCUGGGAUUACAGGUGUGAGCCACCACGCCUGGCCAAGAGAAUCCUUUUUUAAUUUUUUAAAGUUUUCUUGAGUUAGGAUCUCAGUCUGUUGCUCAGGUUGGAGUGCAGUGUUGUAAUCUCAGCUUACUGCAGCCUCAACCUCCUGGGCCCAAGCAAUCCUCCCACCUCAGCCUACUGAGUAGUUGGGACUGCGGCUGUGAGCCACCAUGCCCAGCUAGUUGUUUAUUUUUUGUAGAGGCAGGGUCUCUCUGUAUUGCCAAGGCUGGUCUCAAACUCCUGGACUCAAGCGAUCUGCCUGCCUCGGCCUCCCAAAAUGCUGGGAUUAUAGGCGUGAGCCACCGUGUCUGGCCUGAAAAAAAAUAUUUUAAAUGCUCCAUUUCUUCAGUUAAUGUUGCCACAGAAUUUGAAGUGUCUUUCUGAUAACAUCUGUCUUGAGAAUCUUCUAAAAUAUCUAACCCCGGGAUAUUUGACUGUCUUCUCUUGUUGGUAAGGGUUAUGCUUGUGAUGGAUAUCUAACCCCGGGGUAUUUGACUGUCUUCUCUUGUUGGUAAGGGUUAUGCUUGUGAUGGAUAUCUAACCCCGGGGUAUUUGAGUGUCUUCUCUUGUUGGUAAGGGUUAUGCUUGUGAUGGAUAUCUAACCCCGGGGUAUUUGACUGUCUUCUCUUGUUGGUAAGGGUUAUGCUUGUGAUGGAUAUCUAACCCCGGGGUAUUUGAGUGUCUUCUCUUGUUGGUAAGGGUUAUGCUUGUGAUGGAUAUCUAACCCCGGGGUAUUUGACUGUCUUCUCUUGUUGGUAAGGGUUAUGCUUGUGAUGGAUAUCUAACCCCGGGGUAUUUGACUGUCUUCUCUUGUUGGUAAGGGUUAUGCUUGUGAUGGAUAUCUAACCCCGGGGUAUUUGAGUGUCUUCUCUUGUUGGUAAGGGUUAUGCUUGUGAUGGAUAUCUAACCCCGGGGUAUUUGACUGUCUUCUCUUGUUGGUAAGGGUUAUGCUUGUGAUGGAUAUCUAACCCUGGGGUAUUUGACUGUCUUCUCUUGUUGGUAAGGGUUAUACUUGUGAUGGAUAUCUAACCCCGGGGUAUUUGACUGUCUUCUCUUGUUGGUAAGGGUUAUGCUUGUGAUGGAUGACUUCUAUUUCUGUGUUGUCUGUGUGCACAAGUCUGAGAUGGUAAAGGCACCGAGGUGGGAAAGCUUGAGUGGCCUUUGCCCUGCAACAAAAUGUGCUUAUGUAAACGACAUGAUUAAGCUAUCAAUAGAAGAAGGGCUUGGUGCCAUUGUUCUGUUUUAUGUAGCUUCAGUAAAGAUGAAAUUUCCUGACAUUUUGCGGGAUGUUGUUCAACCAUGAUGGUGUUAUUUUUCUGCAAGUGGUAGUGUGGAGAAGAAAUACUGUUUCUUUCAUUUGCUUUUUUAUAAAUUGAAAGUAAGUUUUUAAUGUUGUAGUAACUUUAUAAGAUGAAUCAACUUGUCUACAUUUUAAAUAUCAAGUAGUGGUUGCUAUGACAAUAAAAAAUGGGGCUUGGUAUUGUUUGAUAUGGAAAUUAUUAUGAUACUAAGAGCAAACGCUUGUUGUGAGUACAAUUUAUCAUGUUAAAAUUUCAAAGACAAAUUUAAAUGUCCAAUAUGAAAUAAACACUAUUUAAAAAUAGUUAUGAUUGGUACUUAACUGUAAGUUUUUCUGAGGCUCAUCUAACAGCUGGAAUUGAUUAAAGUUGUAACUGAAUUAAAAAUGUAUUUGAAUUUAAGCAUUUAUCUCUGCAAAUAUGGAACCUAAGCAGUUUUUAGGAGCAUGGCCGGAACUCGUUGUGGCUGUUACUUACUGGCGUGGGCAGGAAUUAUUAAUAGAAAUACUCAAGGUCUGGUUUUUUCUGACAGGCUUCAAAUUAGAGCAAGAAGAUGUAGGAAGUAACUUUGAAGUUGUGGAUUUUUGUGUUUCUGCGUUUAGAAAAAUUUAAUUACUUAAUUCACGGUCAGCCUCCUAAAAUGGGUUAACAGUGAAUCAGCUGAAUAUCUACAGUACACUCUUUCCAGUCGUGCUUUUGUUCUUCUACCCCCAUUGUCCACUGUUCACUCCUUUUCUUCUUAUAAAAGUGGGAGCGUGCUGUAUGUUACUUGCUUCUUUCUUCUUACACUCUGAGGCUUUAUACUAUUUUUAGCUUAUCUUUUGUAGAGGGUUUAUCUUCAUCUUCCUUCCUAUCAUCAUAAUAGCUCAUAUUUUUUAAAUACUGUUUUUGAAGGCUAGUCGAGUGAAGCAGUGGGAGUGGAGGAAGAGCAAAGAAACCUAUAGUGAGUUGUGCUCCAUUAGUUCUAGACACCCCUACACUCAGACUGGCCAUGAUCAUAAUAGCUAAUAUCUAUGAAACUAGCCAAGUGCUAGAGACGGAACUGGUCAAACAGGUCUCUUCUUGCCACCUGCAUAUAAUGAAAUAUUAGGGCUCAAUGGUUAAGGGCUCAGGUUUUGGGUUCACACUGCUGCUCAGCAACUUUGUGACAAUGUUAAGAAUCAGUUUUUUUCUCUAAUGAAACCUAUGCUGUAACAGUAUCUAUUGGUAUAUGGUUGCUUUGCAUAUUAAGUGAAAUUUAUUUAAAUACUGCAUAGCACAGUGGCUGCAUGAGGCGCACACCUAACAAAUGACAAGGCAAGAGGAACAUUCUGUUUCCCCAUGGUACAGAAAAUGCCAGUGCUUCUGAAACCCAGCUAUCCACUGCCUCCACUGACAAGUUGAGGUCAGUUCACCAUCGGGCCAAGAAGCUUUAUUCAUAGUUUGUGACACCUAAUUUGCAGACUAGUGGGCAAUAGCCUGGAUCCAAGAUCCCUAAAGUAUGCUCUGCUGAAAUGAAAUGAGAAAUGCUGGAUGUUCUGGAGCAAAUAAAUUUGGCAGUCAGAGUGUUAAAGAUAAAUGAGCUUCUUUACUGCAUGACUCUUCAGAGCCAUAAUACAUCCCUGUGCAUUUGGCAAUUGCUAAGAAUUGGAUAAAGUAUUCAGUCUUUUCCAAACUUACUUGGCCAGAGACCCUAAUGACCAUCGGCUAAGAAGGAACAAGCCAGAGAUGAUGCCUCCUGGGACAGUUAAGAAAAGAUAGAACAGGCUUGAAUAGGUUAUCAUCGUUAGGAGUGUUCUCCUGAGGAAUGGUCCUUUAGACCAUGUUUUUAAUUAAAAAAAAAAUUUUUUUUUUUUUGAGACAGAGUUUUGCUGUUACUCAGGCUGGAGUGCAAUGGCGUGAUCUCAGCUCACUGCAACCUAUGCCUUCUGGGUUCAAGCAAUUCUCCUGCCUCAGCCUCCCAAGUAGCUGGGACUACAGGCGCAUACCACCAUGCCCAGCUAAUUUUUUUUUGUAUUUUUAAUAGAGACGGGGUUUUAUCUUGUUGACCAGGAUGGUCUCAAUCUCUUGACCUUGUGAUCCACCCACCUUGGCCUCCCAAAGUGCUGGGAUUAUAGGCGUGAGCCACCGUGCCCAGUCAUUUUUUUUAAUUUUUAAUUUUUAAAGCCAAUAACUUCUAGUUUUUAUUUUUAUUAUUAUUAUUUUUUUGAGACGGAGUUUCACUCUUGUUACCCACGCUGGAGUGCAAUGGCGCGAUCUCGGCUCACUGCAACCUCCGCCUCCUGGGUUCAGGCAAUUCUCCUGCCUCAGCCUCCUGAGUAGCUGGGACUACAGGCGCCCACCACCGUGGCCAGCUAAUUUUUUGUAUUUUUAGUAGAGGUGGGGUUUCACCAUGUUGACCAGGGUGGUCUUGAUCUUUUGACUUCGUGAUCCACCCCCUCGGCCUCCCAAAGUGCUAGUUUUUAUUUUUUAAACAUCAUUUAACAAGAAAAACAUUCAACCAAAUUAAAAAGAAUAAGAUUGGAUUAAUUUACAAUCAAGUAAUCAACUUAAAAUAUCUGCUCUUAUUUAGGGCCAAGGAAGUCAAUAGUUCCUGUUUAAACAGCAGAAUUGCACAAUUAUUUUUAUGUAUGUUACAUGGCACAAAAAAAUGAAAGUCUUAGAACUUCCACUGACGCCCUCCCCUCCCUCCAGAGUAGAGUUCAUACAGCUGGAUCUUAGGUCAGCACUCAGGUUUUUAAAAAUCAUCUUUCAUUUUGAAAUACAAUACAACUACUCUGGUAACAAGAAUACUUUUCAAAUGAUUCUUACAGAAAACAAAUACCUUAGAUAAUGGUGUGGCACAUUAGACAGCUCAAAGAAACAGCAAAGGUGAAAAAUCAUGUACAAGAAUAUAGUCCUUUCUUUAUAGAAACCAUCCAAAUACAAGAUUUUUUCUAGUUUUCCUUGCUUCUUAUAAUUAAUCAGCAGAGAUCAUUUACAAGAAGCAGAAUGCACUGGUUUUUGGUUCUUGGUUGUAGCUGCCAGCUUAGGAGUUCAUGACUGAAUAUAAAGCGAAUAUGACUGCUCACAAGUUCUGGAAUGGGAAAAAACCCAGGUGCCUUUAAAGUGUUUCUCUAUGCUUGCUUUCAAGUCAUGACAAAAAAUUCACAGCAGUUUAAAGGAUGGGGAAGACUAAACAGGGGACCCAGUAAAAUCGAGGUUAAUUUUACCUAUAUUACACUCCGAUGGUAAACAUGGUAAUAAGUAUGGUAUUGUAUGUAAGUAACAUUCUAUAGUAAGCUGUUGCAGCAAAUACAGCAUUUAAUAGGUUCAUUUAUGUACCAGGCAUAGUAGCCUUUAGACAGAACAUCUUAUUUUCACAGUCUUGAACAUAUAACCUUUAAAAAAAAAAAAAAAAAAAAAACUAAAAGGAAUAUGUAGUUUAUGACAGCUGGCCAGGCACUUAAUUUGGGGAAAGAGGAUUUUCAGGUAAACUGGAAUUAUUUUCAGCAAUCACAAACAUAGCCUAAAAACCACAUGUUAUGCCCCACUGAAGUUAUUCAGCUUUUAACUAUAAGUUUGACACUCCAUUUGCCAAAAUUCACACCUAUGUGUAACUAUUUUUUUUUUUUGAGAUUGAGUCUCACUUUGUCACUCAGGCUGGAGUGUAGUGGUGGGAUCUCUUCUCACUGCAACCUCCACCUGCUGGGUUCAAGCCAUCCUUCUGCCUCAGUCUCUCAAGUAGCUGGGAUUACAGGUGCGGGCCAUCAUGCCUGGCUAAUUGUAACUUCUUAAGAAGCUAUUCAAAGACAUACUCAAGUCUGAAUUUUGGCCCCAUUUAGAAACUUCUGUACUUAGAACAUGCUUAAAAAACUUUAAGUACGUACAUACAAGGGCUGUUGGUACAAGAGCCCAAGAUGAGUAACUAUUUUUCUUCCUAAUUUGAAAUCAAAUUUAAUAGAUUUUUAAGAAAAAGAAUCACACUGCCAGUCACAGACAUUAAAAAAAAAAAGUCAAGUUACAGAAGUUAAAAAAAAAAAUAACUGAGGUGAUAAGCCUCAGGAAAAUUACAGAGUAACACUGCUCCAGGAGGGGCACAAAUAGGGAAGCAGAAUUUCUAUUUACAAAUGAUGACAGUACUGUGAAAACUUUCAGAAUUAGCAGUAAGGAACACAACUUUCCAGGUUCAUUAUAUUCUGGGCACAGUAUAUGUUUCUUCUUAAUUUCAAGGUAAUAUGACAUUUGUGUAAUAAAUGAAAAUUAGUAACAUAGAAGAUGGAGGGCUGGGCGCAGUUGGCUUACACCUGUAAUCCCAGCACUUUGGGAGGCCGAGGCGAGCCGUAUACAAGGUCAGGAGAUCAAGAGCAUCCUGGCCAACAUAGUGAAACCCCGUCUCUAAAAAUAUGAAAAUUAGCUGGGUGUGGGGGCGCACCCCUGUAGUCCCAACUACUUGGGAGGCUGAGGCAGAAGAAUCGCUUGAAUCCAGGAGGUGGAGUUGGCAGUGAGCAGAGUUGCCAACUCUGUUGCCAACAGCCUGGCAACAGAGCGACACUGUGACCUCAGUAAGUAUUUAAAUAUUGGAAGACAGGAACAAAGUGGCCAUUUUGGAAUUAGUUUUUUUUACCGAAAGUUAUCCAGGUUUAUUUUUUUAUGAGAAUUACCAGCGUAUUAUCUGCAAAUGAAAAUGCCAAGCCUUCAGAUCCUCUAACUAGCAAUUAAUUAUAUUUUCCAUUUCUGUCUCAACAAUUCCAACUUCUUGUUUUGAGCAAACUUAGCAGCGUAGACAGAUUUAUCAAUAUCCUGCUUUAAACCCUUCAGAGAACAUUAUGAGUAAAGAAAAUUUGAAGUAUUUUUCAGUGGAGGCAUCCUCAUUCUCAAAUGAGAAUAUUGGCUUAAUUUAGAGUUAAGGAAAAACAUGGCUUAAAAGGAAAAGGAAAAGGAAAAAAAAGAUUUAAAUACGUGAUACCGAGUUUUCCAGCCAUGAUAAAGGACUUGUGCUAACUUACCUCUUCUUCCUUUGUGGGGUUAACUGCAGGCACCCAGCAAAAUUACCAGCUGGAGUUACUGUGCAAUGAGCAAAUGUGGAAGAAUUUCUUUCUCAUGUCAUCCCACCAUAGAGGGUGGGUCAUGCUUUACUUAACUGAAAUAAUCAAGCCCCUAUUGCUGUUGGGGGAGGUGUAGAGGGUGGGGUGAGAAGGGUUAGAGUUAGGAUACCGUGAUAUACAGUGAAACUGUAAUUUGUUAAUAUACUGUAUUUGAGGUUUGAAAAUCACUGAUCACAGCUCCUAAGUAACAGUGCACCAAAGUUUUACAAUAUUUGAACAUCUGCGAAUGUAGAGCUUUCUGGCAUGACCCAGAUUUAAAUACAAAUGGGAAGUUCAUUGAAUAUUAGGUUUAUCAGUAAGCUAGAGGAAAGAAAUUACCAGCUGGAGUUUGGAUUAUGGGUAAUAACCUAGGAAAAAAGUACUGAAGAGAGAGACUGAGGAUGCCUCCACUGAAAAAUACUUCAAAUUAUGGGUAAUAACCUAGGAAAAAAGUGGAGAUUAGUAAAAAUUAAGUGAAAUUAUUCAGAUGCUUUCAGUUUCAUCUUUUCCUGGUAAAUCCCCCAAAACAGGCCUUUGGAAAACCAACUUCAUACAGGUACCAAAUGACAUCUGCUCUCAUGUAGAUACAGCUUUCUCUCAGUGGAGAUAAGUCACAGACGUUUCCCAGACAUUCAUUUCCAUGCAUAAGGAAGUCUGAGACAUCUACUCCACUGAAAUAUUGUAAAGGAAGUCUACAAACCACUUCUAGGAAAAAGGCGUUUCACGUGAAAGUUGGAUUCAAUUACAUGAAAGUUGAGAAGAUUAGGUUAGAUUCAAAAUUCUGUAUUCCUUUUUGUGUUUAUGAAUCUCGAGCAGAUGCCAGUUUAGAGAAUGCAGCCAAUAACAUUACAGACAAACCAAACAGCAGUAAUAACUCUCUUCCUGGCAAAACAGCAAUUUAUGACAUUUCUCCAAAAAUUAGCAUAGUUCUAAGUUCAACAGUAAAAGAAAAAAAAAUCACUGGUCGUUGCUACUUUAGAGCUCAAGACACUGUUUUCAGUAGAGUUUCACGUUUGCCGUUUGGUUCUGUUUCAGACAGGAACUGCUUUUCAGAUGAAAAGCCUGUGGUGGCAGAGGCAUGUUUAUGUGGUGGAAGAACCCAGGGCAGAAAAAUCACAGAGUAACGAAAGGUGCAGUUCUCUGGUCAGACAGCCAAGCGAGGAGGCAGUUAUUCUGAGAACUUAUCAAAUAGAGAAGAUUGCAGUAAAAUACUGAGAGUUGGGGAAGUAGCAGAAGCUUCUCUGUGAGACUGGGGAUAGCAGCGGGAAUGCUUCUCCUGGGAAGGCAGGACCAGAGUGUUGGUGCAGCUUGAAAGUGGCUCUUUUCUGAUAGAACUUUAAAAGUGUCUUGUUACAUCAUCACGCAUGCAAUCCCAUACAACCCUGAGUCCCAUCAUCAGUGCUGUUGAGGUUUUCCUUUUUUUUUUUUUUUUGAGACGGAGUUUCGCUCUUGUUACCCAGGCUGGAGUGCAAUGGCGCGAUCUCGGCUCACCGCAACCUCCGCCUCCUGGGUUCAGGCAAUUCUCCUGCCUCAGCCUCCCGAGUAGCUGGGAUUACAGGCACAUGCCACCAUGGCCAGCUAAUUUUUGUAUUUUUAGUAGAGACAGGGGUUUCACCUUGUUGACCAGGAUGGUCUCGAUCUCUUGACUUCGUGAUCUACCCACCUCGGCCUCCCAAAGUGCUGGGAUUGUAGGCAUGAGCCACCGCGCCUGGCCUGUUGAGGUUUUUCAUUUGGUACUGGUGUACUUCCCUUAGCAGUGUGUAAAGAGCAUCUUCAACAGCCUGUCUGAUCUUGGCUGAGGUUUUAGUCAGUGGAAUACUGUAACUCUUGGCCAGUUUGUGGCCUUGUUUUGUAUCAACUGUACUUGUUGGCAUAUCACACUUGCUUCCCGCUAGCACCAGAGGUACAUAAUCUGAGCCCUUCACUUGCUUAAUCUGCUCCCUGUAGAGAUUAAUAUCCACAAAUGACUUGCUGUUAUUGUUGGUAAGGGCGCAGAGGAAGCCUUCGCCUGUCCCCAUGUAUUGGUCUCUCACGGCACUGGACUCUUCUUGUCUAGCUGUAUGGAGAGUGUUCAGCAGACGGGUUUCACCAUCUGAAACCACCUGUUUUCUCUAAGAAUCCUCUAUGGUGGGAUCAUAUUCAUCUGCAAAAAGUGGUUCUGGAUUAGCUGGAUUGUCAGUGCACUUUUCCCAACACCAGUUGCUCCAAGUACCACCAGUUUGUACUCAGUCAUUUCACUCCUCUAGGAACCUCAAGCUCCACUGCCUUUGCUUUGGACAGAUUUAGGACCAAAAUCUGAGCAAAAGCUGGGAAGAUGUUGGAGACCCGGGAACCGCCAUGAACAGCCCCCACAAGGGAGCGGCCUAGCCUGUGUUCUUUAAAAUCCAAGUUGGGAAGCCGGGCGCAGUGGCUCACGCCUGUAAUCCCAGCACUUUGGGAGGCCGAGGCGGGUGGAUCAUGAGGUCAAGAGAUAGAGACCAUCCUGGUCAACAUGGUGAAACCCCGUCUCUACUAAAAAUACAAAAAAUUAGCUGGGCAUGGUGGUGCGGGCCUGUAAUCCCAGCUACUCAGUAGGCUGAGGCAGGAGAAUUGCCUGAGCCCAGGAGGCGGAGGUUGCGGUGAGCCGAGAUCGCGCCAUUGCACUCCAGUCUGAGUAACAAGAGCGAAACUCCGUCUCAAAAAAAAAGAAAAAAAAAAAAAAAAAAUCCAAGUUGUGAGUAGUUCCAGUCUGGACCACACUGGCUUGAUGUAGCAUAUGUUGUUUUAAUACCGUUCUCUGUUGUCUUUAGGGUAUGUCAUUAGAAAGUGAUUCUGUGUUUCUUAGACUCUUACUCCCUUCUCCCAUUUGCUAAAUGAAUCUUCACCCAAUUUUUAUAGUACUUGGAGUGUAAAAAAUGUAUGUUAACUUAUGUAGUUUUUAAAAAUUAAAACUUUUCAUUUUUAGAUAAUUGUAGAUUUGUGUGCAGUUAUAUCAGGUAAUACAGAGAGGAUCUCUUAUACCUUUACUUUUUCCAUUUUGCAAAAUUGUAGUAUAAUGUCAUAACCAGGAUAAUGACAUUGACGCCGCAAAAUGCAGAUUUGCUUCCCCAUAAGGACUCCUAACAUUCCUUCCUAUAGCUCUACCUAGCACUCCCCACUUCUUUGACCCCUGGAAGCCACUCAUCUGUUCCCCAUUUCUAUAAUUUUGUCAUUUUAAGAACCUUAUGUAAAUUUACUCAUAUAGUGUAUGUCUUUUUGGGAUAGGCUGUUCUUGCUCAGCACAAUUCCCCAGAUCUUCAUCCAAGUUGUAUGAGUUGUUUCCUUCUUAGCCGAGGAGUGCUUCAUGAUAUGGAUGUACCAUGUUUGGUUUACCCAUUGGCUAGUUGAUGGACAGCUCAGUUGUUUCUAGUUUUUGCCUAUUGGGAAUAAAACGGAUAUAAACACUUGUGUACAGAUUGUUGAGGGAACAUACUUCUUCAUUUCUCUGUGAUAAAUGCCAAGGAGUGCUGUUGCUGCUUUGUAUGGGAAUUGCUUGUUUACUUUUAUAAGACACUGGCAAACUGUUUCCCAGAGUGGCUGUACUGUUAUAUGGUUCUAACAGCAAUGUAUGAGUGGUCUAGUUUCUCUAAAUCCUUGGCAGCAUUUGGCAUUAUCUGGACUUUUUUUUUUUUUUUUUCCCUUGAGACUGUGUCUCACUUUAUCACCCAAGCUGGAAUACAGUGGCAUGAACACAGCUCACUGUAGCUUCCACCUCCCGGGCUUAAGUAAUCCUCCCACCUCAGCCUCCCAAGUAGCUGGGACUGCAGGCAUGUGCCACCACACCCGGCUAAUUUUUGUAUUUUUUGUAGAAAUGGUGUUUCGUCAUGUUGCCCAGGCUGCUUUUGAACUCCUGGGUUCAAGCCAGCCUUCUGCCUUGGCCUCCCAAAGUGCUGGGAAUUUUUUUUUUUUUUUUUUUGGAGAACUAUAGUGAAGGAAAAACAAUGUCCAGAGGGAGCAAGAGCCCUGAUGACCUCUUGUCACUCACACUUCUGCUGUUGCUUGUUUGCGGGAGAGGAGUGUGGCAGUCCCCUCGCUCUCCGCGAUGGUGGUCCUAAAGCACGUGGAAGGUCAUUCCUAGUCUCCGCUUUGCUUUUUUCUGUUUGAUUUGGAAUUGGGUCACAUCAUCUUUGCCAACCCCUUGUUCUUCCACACCCUUCAUAAAAUGGGCCAGAAGCAGGACUUCCUUUCUUAUUAAACUGAGCAGGGAAGGGAAGUGGCACAUAAAUGGAAUCAUUCUGUUUUAUUUGCUGUUCUCUUUAAAACGACCCAUUUGUUGUCCAUUUGUUUUCUUUGAAAAGUUAGUCUGAAAUCCAUCCCCCACGCACACCUUUUUUUGAGACAGGGUCUCACUGAGUUGCACAAGCUGGAAGGCAGUGGCGCAAUCACAAUCACAAGCCUUGCUCAGGUGAUCCUCCCAGUUCAGCCUCUCGAGUAGCUGGCACUACAGGCACAUGCCACCACGCCUGCCUCAUUCAUUAUUAUUUUUAUAGAGACAGUCUCACUAUGUUGCCCAGGCUGGUCUUGAACUUAGACUCAAGCGAUUCUCCCACCUUGGCCUCCUAAAGUGCUGGGAUUAGAGGUGUGAGCCAAUGCGCCAGGACUGAAAUCCCUUUAACAUCUUUUUUUCUGAGCUAUUUAUUUAUGGCUUUUGAACAUCUUAAUUAGGCUUGAUUGGAAUAACUGUAAGUUAACUUAAAAUAUGUUGAGGCCGGGCGCGGUGGCUCACGCCUGUAAUCCCAGCAUUUUGGGAGGCUGAGGCAGGUGGAUCACGAGGUCAAGAGAUCGAGACCAUCCUGGUCAACAUGGUGAAACCCCAUCUCUACUAAAAAUACAAAAAAUUAGCUGGGCAUGGUGGCGCGUGCCUGUAAUCCCAGCUACUUAGGAGGCUGAGGCAGGAGAAUUGCUUGAACCCAGGAGGCGGAGGUUGCGGUGAGCCGAGAUCGCGCCAUUGCACUCCAGCCUGGGUAACAAGAGCGAAACUAUGUCUCAAAAAAAAAAAAAAAAUAUUGAAAGGCAUAGUGGUAUUAUUUUGGGUGACAUAUAUCCCUAAAUAUUUUGGUGGUAGUGCUGUCUUUCAUUAAUAAACUGUAAACUCUAUUUCACCUGCUUGUUUUUUAAGAGGACAUGAAAAAAGAAAUAUCUCUCAUACAGAGUCUUAGAAGUGUUUGACCUACUUAAUCAGUCACAAAUUAUCUUCAAUCUCAGAUAUUCUGCAAUAUGGAAACUGCGGCUCUUUUACAGCAGGCCACGCUCAUUUUGCAUGGCUAGUGCAAAGGAGGAACUAGGCUUUUCUAGUUCCCCAGUCUCUAGUACCUAACUGAAUUCAGCAGCAUGGCCUGUGCCAUAGUCAUUUUUCAGACAGUAUUCAUGCUGGAAUUUGUGUUGUGCAGCUUUUGUAAGGGAACAUGAGCCCUGGCCAGUGGUUUUCAGACUUAAACAUUUGGUAGUGCCCGUUUAAAACAGUUUUUCUUUUUCAUGGAACCCAUAAUGUAGUGAUGUUUUGGGAUUGUAUUUUGGGAGUUCAUUGUUAAACCUGUAAUAGUGUAAACCUGGCCAGGCACGGUGGCUCAAGCCUGUAAUCCCGGCACUUUGGGAGGCCCAGGCGGAUGGAUCACAAGGUCAAGAGAUCGAGACUAUCCUGGUCAACAUGGUGAAACCCCGUCUCUACUAAAAAUACAAAAAAUAUUAGCUGGGCGUGGUGGUGCGUGCCUGUAAUCCCAGCUACUCAGGAGGCUGAGGCAGGGGAAUGGCCUGAACCCAGGAGGCGGAGGUUGCAGUGAGCCGAGAUCGCGCCAUUGCACUCCAGUCUGGGUAACAAGAGCGAAAUUCCGUCUCAAAAAAAAAAAAAGUGUAAACUUAAUCACUGAUUUCAAUGUGGCAGUUUUGACGAACACAAAUUAGAAAUAGAAGGGGAGAUUUGAUUUUUGUCCUGGUUGCAUGAAAUGGAGAGACUCCCUGUUCACCAGUUAAGCAGGACGAAUAUCACAGUUUAAAACAGCUAGUCUUGCAAUCUCAGGGUGCUUUCCAAGCAAAUAGAGAUGGCAGAAGAAGCUUUAUUCUGAGAUCUGUGCAAAAGUGGGUUAUCCUGGCAGCACAGUGUACCUCGUAGCUGUUCUCUGAUAUGUAAAAUUCGGAGUAACACAUCCGAGUGUGUGUGUGUGUUGGUGUUUUAUUACAGUAGUUAAAAUAGUCAUAAGACAAAUGCAUAUAAAAUGUCUGCAGACUGCAGUGUCUUCCGAGGAAUGCUGUCAGAAAGUGAUUAUUCUAGGCCCCAGCUUUACAUCCCUCGGUGAGAGGCUCUUGUACCAGUCGUUGGGUAAUUUGAACAGCCCCCUUUGUGGUACCAUUAGGAGUCUCAACUUUUAAGGAUCACUUACAAUUCUGUGCACAGGUGAUUUUCAAGGCACCUGGGUGAAGUUACAUGGCUCCAGAAAAUUGAGCCUUAGAAAAUAGCGGCAGCAUUGAAACGAUCUUUGGGAAUGAGUUAUCAGAGAACGUGCAUUGUUGCCAAGGAUCCUGGCAAAAAUUCUGGGAACUGCAAAUUAAAAGAAGCCAUAUUUGAGCACUUUACAAUUUACCUGAACUGAACACUGGAGUCAGUUCCCACCUGUCCCCACUCAUCUCUGCGCAGGGGCUGGGGGCAGGCUCUGGCCCCGGGCAUGCAUUUGCAGGAGGCAGUUCUGGCAGUUCUGGCCGACUUGUGCCUGUUACCUGAGCUGCAUUUGCAUUCUCCUCUCUCCUUCUCUGCAGCUGCCCCAGUUUCUUCUGUAGUUAGGAUAGGCGAGUCAGAUGACCUUGGGCGAGGAUGCUGUUGAGCAUAUACCAGGCUUGGUGUAACUUUUCGUUGUUCUAAAAGGAUACUCUUCAUCCUGGUCAACAUGGUGAAACCCCGUCUCUACUAAAAAUACAAAAAAUUAGCUGGGCAUGGUGGUGCGUGCCUGUAAUCCCAGCUGCUCAGGAGGCUGAGGCAGGAGAAUUGCCUGAACCCAGGAGGCGGAGGUUGCGGUGAGCCGAGAUCGCGCCAUUGCACUCCAGCCUGGGUAAGGAGCGAAACUCCGUCUAAAAAAAAAAAAAAAAGAUACUGUUUGUCCAGUCUCUGGGAUUUAGCCACCCUUGGGCCAAGGCAGUUAGGUACACCCUGGAGAGGGGAGGAAGGUAAGGGAGGAGGGAGAGUAGGAGAGUAGCAUGAAAGGGACAUUGUGGACAUUAAAGAGCCAGGAAACCUACUAAAAAUAUGGAAUGAAUAGGGAGAACUCUUGUUUUUCAUAGUUAUAAAGUAGUUACAGAGAAAAUAAAGACCUUAGUAAAAGGUAACUGUAACAACUUUAGGUUUCAUUUAAUUAGAAACACUGUUAAUAUCUAGUGUUAAAAGAGAUUAAAAAUGCAGCUAAAAUCUGAAGGUUAAAAGAUUUUUGUUCCCUUUCUUAUCCCCUCUGCUUUCUAAAAUCCUUUUUUAAAAAAAUAGAAUAUUAGAUUUUGGAUUGGUGUAUAUGGGGUAUAUUAUUGUCUAAAUCUUUACAUUACUGUGUUUUAUUUAUUUUUCUCUCUCAAUAGACCACUUUUCUCUGCUCUUUGAGGAAAGAGGGGCAAAGAGGGGAAAGAAGGAUGCUUGGAUAGAGAGAGAGAGAGAGAGAGAGAGAGCGCCCGCGUGCGUGUGUGUGUGUGUGUGUGUGUGUGUGAGUGUGUGUGUAUGUGGCCGUAGCAGUGGGUAAAAGACUUUCAUUCACUGGGUUCUUUUCCUCAUCUUGCUUCUUAGGAGAAGGCCUCCCUCCCUCCCUCCCUUUGCCCUUCCCUCCCUCCCUCCCUCCUGUCUGUCAUCCAAAAGCUGGAGUGCAGUGGUUCAAACACAGCUCACUGCAGCAUCAAUACUGUGGGCUGAAGAGAUCCUCCUGUGUCAGCCUCUCAGGAGCUGGGCUACAGGCAUAUGCCACCAUGCCUAACUUUUUUUUGUAGAGAUGGAUCUUACUUUGUUGCCCAGGCUGGUCUCACUGGGCUCAAGCAGUCCUUCCACCUUAGCCUCCCAGAGUGGGAUUACAUAUGUGAGCUGGUUUUUCUUUUCCUUUCCUUUCCUUUCUCUUUUCCCUUCCCCUUCCCCUUCCCCUUCGACAGGGCCUUACUUUGUCACCCAAGCUGGUAUGCAGUGGCAUGAUCUCAGCUCAUUGCAACCUCUGCCACCCAGGCUCAGCUCAUAGUAGCCUCCCACCUCAGCCUCCCACGUAGCUAGGACUACAGGCACGGGCCACCAUGCUGGCUAAUUUUUGUAUUUGUUUUUGUAGAGAUGGGGUUUCGCCAUGUUGCUCAGGUGGGUCUUGAACUCCUGAGCUCAAGUCAUCCACCUGCCUUGGCCUCCCAAAGUGCUGGAAUUACAGGCCUGAGCCCCUCUGCCCAACCCGAGGUUUUCCUUUAUUUUUUUGAAAGCAUUAUCACUUGAUGAACUUUGGCCAACAAGUGUCUUGUUUUCUUUAGAUAUGUGUAGAUGUACAGGACGUAUCUUCCUACCUCUUAGAGGUAGGAAGCAGGCAUGUACAUAGGCCCUGAGCUGUACUUACAGCCUCUCCAGCCUUUGGCAAGGGUUUGAGACAAAUGUGCUUAGUUCCUGCUAAAGAGGCAACAUGUCUAUUUCUGCUGAUCCCUGGGCCCUGGGGUCUCAGGAGGCAUUUUUGGGCAUUGACUGGGAUUACUAGGUGUAUCCAUCAGACAGGAUCUGGUGUAGACGAUUGACUUGACUCUGGGGAAAUUUAUUCAGACCUUGCCCUCAUUGAUUGCUGUCUAGAGGAUCUUGGGGCUAGAGGACUCUUGGUAGCCAUUUAACCAUGUGUCUUAACCUAGGAGAAGUUUCUUCUAUAGCACCUCUGACAGCUAGGUAUCUGCUUUUUACUUCAUUAUUUCUAGUGACGAGAAAAGAGCCCCCGGAAGCCCUGUCUUCUUUUGGCCUGGGAUCUGCUUCUCACUCUCCACUUCUUGCAUAGUCUACUGGAAUGUCACAGAACAAUCUUUCUCCCUCCUACCCAUGAAUGCAGUUCAAGUGUUUGAAGAAGCUUAUCAUACUUUCCUUUGGUCUCACAGUCCUCCAGCUAAAUAGGCUCAAUUCCUGGGCUCAGUCCUUGGAGGAUGUUGUUUUCAGACUUACCACUAUUCUGAUCACCUUGCUUUGGAAUCACCCCUCCUUUGUCUAUCAACCUUUUAAACAGCUAUAGGUGUUUAGGGAUCACACAUGCUAGGCAAACACCCUUGAACUGAAUUAAGUAGACUUUCUCAGUCUUCAGUGGGCUCCCAUGGAUUGUGCCUUUUGAGGAGGGUAUGGAGCCUGUAGCAUCACAGAUUCUGUGCUCCUCUAGGCAGGGUGGGGAACAUCAAUCUAGGUGCAAACUGCCUGGUGAAGAAUACCACCUACACAUUGCUUCGGCAAAAAGUUUUGUGAUUGUUGUUUUAAAUUUUGGAAGUAUCUCUGAAUUUAUAUUACUAAAACAGUUAUAAAACAUAGGAAAGAAAAACCAAACAUUACCUAAUCCUAUCAAUUCAGAUAUAAUCAUUGGAAAAAAAUAGUAUUUUCCUGUGCUAACUUACAUAUAAGUGUGUGUAUAUAUAUAUAUAUUUAAAAGUGGAAUCAUGAAUAUUUUGUGAUAUACUUUUAAAAUUUAAUUUUUGGGGUCGAAGCUUUCUGUGACAGUAAUUUACAUCAGCUUGGUUUUCUGCGUGGUACUUCAUUUACCCGCUGUAGGAGAGUACUGUAAUUUAUCUAAUUCGUGUCUUUUAUUGUCAGAUAAUUUAGGUUAUUUCCAAUAUUUUGCCUUAUAAAUGUCCAUAUCUUCAUAUUUAUUUCUCUUGGAUAAAAUCCUGGAGGUGGAAUCAUUGCCAUCAUUGCCUAACAGGCAUUUUGAAGGAUGCAUAUUUUUACCUGAUUGUUAUUCAGGAAGUCUAAAUAGAGAAUAAAUCCUCCACCUUGUCAAUUUCAUUGUCUUAAACAAGAGUCCACUUGGCAGAAUGGCUUUUUUUCUUUGCUUGCAUCGUUGUAUUUCUUAGAUCAGUGCUCCUUGGACCCCAGCUCCUGAGGCAAACCUUUUUCACACAAUUUAGUAUUCUUUCAGAUCUGCCUGUGUGGACCUGUUGUCUUCAACUACGGUAUGUUUGCUGGAAUGAGACGGUCCUGUGACUUCAUUUCUGGUUUCAGAGUCACAGCUCCCAAGUAUCAUUGUCUUGGCAGAAUCAGCUAUGGCUUUUUCUUGGCUGAACCUUAGGUAGGUGUGAGCCUAUAUUAUAUGAUUCGAUCUUUGCCCUUGCCGUGAGACUUUCUUACCUUGGGUCUUUGAGUGCUCUCAUAAAUGGUAGUUGAGUAGAUUGGCCAGUGACAAGGCGCAUGGCACUUUCAUUAGAGGAAAUGUAGUUAACAACCAUAAGCUAAUAUGCUUGUAGAACUAGUCCAAUGUCUUAGAAGAUCAUUUAGUAUCAUAAUGAAAGGAGACAGUGCUUUUCUUCCCAGACAAUUCUGAAGGCAGUUAAUUUCAUCUUUAUAGCUAACAACAAUUUCUUAAGUCUUAUGGUUCUUCCCCACUCCACUAGAAGCUUCAGAGUAGUCCUUCCCGUUCUCAUGUACUGUCCCCACUUCCUGACCCUUUCACUGUCUCCCUGCCCAGGGAGAGGGGUGCCCAGGUGAUGAGGACCAGUGGUCUCUUUUCUGCCAUGAGGAGCUCCUUUUGGAGCCCUGUCCUCCUUGCUGAGGCCCCCUAGAGUUCAGCCUGCCUUUCUCUAUCCUUUCAAAGUUACCAUUGUGUACCAUGUUGCUUGUGGCUGCCUUUUCUUCCAGACUGACAGUUAGGAUGACAUUCCCCAGAGACCUCCUUAUUUUCAGUCUCAGAAAACAAGCACAGAGGACUUCCUUAGUUACCCUGUGGAACAAAGAGAAUCAAGAGACCUAGAUGUGGGGAAGUGACUGAGAACCUUGCCAGGUUCUUUUAAGGCAAUCUGUCUGCUUUUGGAUGCCGAAGUCCCCUACUUCAUGGGGCACAGCCACACGCACUUGCAGAAUCUCAGCUAAGGUGUGGCCGGGAGAAGUCCAGGCCAGUGGAUGUUAUCAGUGGUCAUUUUUUGGUUUCCUGAGUCCAUCUGUCCUAAAUCAGCUGUCACUGGCAACCAAAAAAAAAUCUUAUCUGUCAUAGGCAUGAUCUGAAGAGAAGCAGCUGUGCUUUGUUUUUUGCUAAGUCUUGGACAGUUCAGUUCGGUACUUAAGAAUAUUCCAGCUCCUUUUCUUAUAAGAAUUUCUCUCUGUCUCUCUCUCUCUCUCUCUCUCUCUCUCUCUGUCUCUCUCUCUCUCUCUCUCUCUCUCUCGCUCUCGCUCUCUCUCUCUCCCCCCCUCCCUCCCCCUCUCUCUCUCCCUCCCUCCCUCCCUCCCUCUUUCCCCGCCCCUCCCUCUCAGUCUCUCUCUCCCUCUCUCAAGCAUUUUAAAAAGUGGCCUCUUGCUGUGUUGCUCAGGCUGGUCUCCAGCUCCUGGACUCAAACAUUCCUCCUGUCUCAGCGUCUUGAUAGCUGAGACUUCAGGCACAGGCCACCAUGCCCGGCCUCAGAUCCUUUUCUUUUAAAUUUCUUGGUCCAAUUGGUAUUCUUUGCCAGCGUCCUUGGGACAGAACAAAUGUUGCAGUUUGGGGAAACAUUCUGUACAGCUUUGUUCACUGAAUCACAGUCACUGCUUGUGCUGUUGAUAAUCAAAACUGGGCUCUACAGAGUGACAUAGUUAAAUAUUUGGCUUGGGUGUACAGAUGUUUCCCUUUAAGUAUCUUGGGUGUCCUGCUCCUUAUCAGAAUUUUAUCUCCCCCAAAUUCAUUGUUUGGGAAUUAACUGUGAAGUUCUGGGAGCGAUUUUCUUUUCAACAGUUUGCCUCUCUAGAAAAAAACUUUGGGGUUUAAAUAGCACUUAACCCUCUAUCAUUUUAUUCUCUCUGAAGUGAUCUCUCUGGGGAACAUGUUGGGACUUCUCUGUUCAGUAUUUUUCUCUUUCUUGACAAGGCCUGGAUGCAAAAAGUUGGUCCAGUUUUUCCCGUCCAGGUUUGCUUGUUAAUAAAGCAUCUGGAGCAAAGGAAAGGCUAUUAGCACCUUGUCACUUAGAGUUUCUCAAGCACUCUUCCAUUUAUGUGUUCUUGCUGCAGAGAUUUAAUGAAAGCGGUAUCUGUCUUUACACCUGACAUAGGCAGGUUGUCCGCAGAACUGAACAGGUGAUGUCCGCAACACUGUAGAUGCAGGAGGGCUUCGUACUCAGUUCUUCUUCUCUGUGUUCUCUGGGAGUAGGCAACUCUUCGGUCGUCAGAGUAGGGCUUGACAUUUCCAUAUUCUGGAGGGAGAUGCUUGUGGCGAUGUAUUUAGCCUUCAAUUCGGGAAUGGCUUCUUUUCUCAGUGUCCUCACACUUUAUACCUCCCAUUUUCUGUGGGAGUAGAUAGUCUGCCUACGUCUGAAUUUGGAAAUGGCAUGUGCUAACAUUUAACCUUGGGUAUUUAACUUCUCUGUGCCUUACUGUCUCCAUCUGUAAAAUGGGUGUAGUAACAAACUACUUUGUAGCUUUGUUUUGAAAAUUAAGUGGGAUAUUAGAUAUAAAAUAUUUUGUAAUAGUGCCUGGCACAUGGUAAGUCUUAGCUGUUAUUGUCAGGGGUAGCGUAGUGAUAACGCCAAAUGCUUUGAUUAUAAGAAUCUGAUUGUAUAUUUGAGUCACAGAUUAUUUAGAGAUAGUUUAUAUAAAUAUUUCAAAAGAGAGACCUCAACUUUGCAUGUAUUCCUGGCCCUCUGCAAGGUACAUGUUGUAAUGUUUUCUCUGCUUAGAGCUAGUUUAAGCCAGUACAGACUGUCUACAGAAAGGGGUUUAAAAUGUUUUUUUUUUUUUUUUUUCACUCCGCUGCUCUUAAAGAGGGCAUACUGCUCUUGAGAAAUCUUUUUUUAAGAAAAGGGGCCGGGCGCGGUGGUUCAAGCCUGUAAUCGCAGCACUUUGGGAGGCUGAGGCAGGUGGAUCACAAGGUCAAAAGAUCAAGACCAUCCUGGUCAACAUGGUGAAACCCCGUCUCUACUAAAAAUACAAAAAUUAGCUGGGCACAGUGGCACGUGCCUGUAAUCCCAGCUACUCGGGAGGCUGAGGCAGGAGAAUUGCCUGAACCCAGGAGGUGGAGGUUGAGGUGAGCCAAGAUCACACCAUUGCACUCCAGCCUGGGUAACAAGAGUGAAACUCCGUCUCAAAAAAAAAAAAAAAAAAAAAAAGAGAAAAGGUUCCAGUUUAGUGCUGAGAAAUUUGUCUCUGAAGACAGCACUGUGCAUUGUCUAUGGGUAUCUGUUUUUCAUCUUGCUUUCAUUGCAGAUCUGAAUGAUCAGAUACAUGCUCAAGCCCCUCUUUCACUUUCCAGUUACCUAGAUUAAAAAAAAGAAAGCAUCAGUAGUCGUCACCUGUUCAUUCACUUGGUUAGUUCCCUAGGUAACUAAGUGUAUUACUAAGUUACUUAGGUAAUUAAGUUACCUCCACUCAGAGACCCAUAAACUAAACCUUAUUGAGAAAUAAGUAUAACCGGCUCUAUACAGAAGUUUGAAAUCUGCUUAGGGAAAUGACUUUUACCAGACAGAUCAUGUUAGGUGUCUGCUAGUUACAUUGGCUUCCCUGCAAGAACCCGUCAUGCCCACAGCUUUCUUUAUAGGAUUUCCUUUUGUCAGUAUCCCCGAGCUGGGUGCAUGCAACUCCACAUUUUGGCUAUAGCUGCUUGAACUAGGCUUGCUUAUGCCUGACUCCCAAGCUAAGCAUGUAUAGGCUAACCAGCAGCCUAUAUUGAGCAGAGAUUCUUCCUCUUGGGAGUUUGAGACAGAGAGACAGACAGAAAUGGGAAGACAGCAAAAGGCAUGAGGCAGUGAAAGCCCUUAGUUAAGCAGAAACCAUGAGGAGAUAAAGAGGCUCCUAAUGAGCCAGUGGUAACAAGAACAGUAGAAGGUGGAAUUGGUUGACAGCACAGGAUGGCUGUUUCGCAGUGGGUGAUUUUAGAAUCGAAGUUGAGUCAAACUACUUGAACUAAUAUGCCUAAGUACAGUAUGUUUUAAUUUUCUCAAAGGCCCAACUGGCCAGCUACUCGUAGGGGUUCCUGUUUUAACUUCCCCGUUUUGCUUGCUUCUCUAGGGAGCCUCAUAUUAGAUCACCAUUAACUGAGGCCGUUUCCUAAUAUGUCUGUUCCUUGUUGCCUUGAUGAGCCCGUUGAAUAUAUACCUAGACUAGAAGACCAACUGGUUUAAGGUGGGCUGCAGGUGGGUUACAGGGCAUGCUGCUUCCUUAAAGCAGUGACUCUCAGCCUGGCCGUACCUCAAAAACACCUGGGUCGCCUCUGCCUCUUUAUUUAAAAACACACUGUACGCACCCUUGAAAUCUGUAAUACAGGAGCAAAUGGGAGAUAGAAGCCUUUUCUUUCAGCUUGUUGAUGGGUUGACUUUCCCAGAAGAAAGCUGCAUAGAGAGUAUUGCAGAGAACCUCAGGCCCUGCUCCACUCAGUUCUUUAGAUCAGACCAAAUAAGCCAGCUCACCAUAUAUAUUCCAGAGAUGUGUUGCUUUGCCUCUGGUACCCUUUCUCUUAACAUUUCCUGUUAGAGACUCUGGGUACCAUUUCUUUUGAGGGAGAUGCUAAGAGUUUGAAAAGCCUUUAAAAAACCAUUAAAAAUAGAUGCAAUAGAGCGUUGAAAUCAGCCUUGUGAGUGACGCUCUGAAACUUCGGUGAGUCUCAGGAAAUUGUUCAAUUUUGAAUGAUUGCCAUUGACCCUGUCCAGCUGGUCACCUCUUCUUCCUAUCUUUCCUCUUAGAACCAGGGAAAUUAUGCAAGUACCUUCAUGCAGUAAAUCCACUGGAGUCUGUGACACAAAUCAAUCCAGAGGGAAAUGAGUGAAGAUACGAAUACGUUACAUUGUUGCUCAGAUGGUUGGCUGAGUUCCAUAGGGUAAUAGAUUCUGGGAGUGGUCCAGUGCUUGUCUUCAAGGCCAGCUUAAAAUAUUUGGGCCUGACCAAGAGCAUAGGGAUUCUCUUAUUCUUCAACCUGGUAUCCUUGAGGAGACUGUAAACUACUCGAGAGUCCAGGACUGUUUACCUAUUGUACUUUUAUAUUAAGUACCUCUACCCACUGGGCGCGGUGGCUCACACCUGUAAUCCCAGCACUUUGGGAGGCUGAGGCGGGCAGAUCAUGAGGUCAGGAGUUGAAGGCCAGCUUGGCCAACAUGGUGAAACCCCAUCUUUACUAAAAAUACAAAAAUUAGCCAGGAAUGGUGGCACAUGCCUGUAAUCCCAGCUACUCAGGAGGCUGAAAACUGCUUCAACUGGGACCUGGGAGGCAGAGGUUGCAGUAAGCCAAGAUCGAGCCACUGCACUCCAACCUGGGCUACAAAGCAACACUGUCUUAAAAAGAAGAAAGAAGAGGAGGAGAAGGAGGAGGGGAUGGGGAAGGGGAGGAGGAGGGGAGUGGGAAGAGGAGGGAGGAGGGGGGUGAGGAGGAGCAGGAGGAGGAGGAGGAAAAGAAGAAGAAGAAAAGUACCUCUGAAAGCAAUCUCUUUGAGAUAUACACAGAAUAUUUACCCAGUAAGUCACUCAGCCUAGAGUACAAAUUUUAAGCCCAAACUAUUUUCCUCAGGAGCCGGGCAAGUCUCUUUACUCAGCAGCCUUAUCUGACGUAGCCCAUCUUUAAUUUAGCUUUGUGCAAGGUGCAGGGAUCAAUAAGAGCGAUGCUGGGAGGGAAGGAGAAUGGCCAGCUGCAAACAGCCGCCCAUCUCGGCACUUGAACUGAACUCUGCUUUGGUCAGACUGAUUAGUGCCGUCUGGAGAGCCAUUAAAUGCUCUCUGACUAGUUCAUCUGAGCUCUGCUUCCUAUUACCCUCAACAACUAACCGAGGAGAUUACAGAUCCUUGAGGAGAAAGGGCGUCCUGUCUCCUGCUGUGGUACUGAGUAGUGUUGGUACCACUGUCUCAGGAAUGUGAAUCACAGUGCAAAUGAGCUGCCUCUCUUGUUUCCUUUUCUGCAAGUUAUGUCCGAGAGAGAUUUGUUUUCUGUUUGCGAGGGCUUGGGCUCCUCAUUUAGAUAAGAGAGAAACUGCAUGUACUCUCAGCUUUUGGCUGGUGAUAGGCUUCUCCUUUGUUAUGUUUUUCCCCAUUGUGAGAUUUGUUUACGAUUGAAUGAAAAGAUUGGUUUUCUCAGGCUUUCAGUGAUGACACUUCAUUUCUUCUGUGUGAUAAAAUUAUACUGCAUGAUUUUAUUAUUUUUAAAAAGUAAGACUGGCACCUAACAUUUCCUCCACAGUUGGGUAAAAAACUAGAAAGCAUCUCAUUUCCCAUUGAUUCCAGGAGCAGCCCUUUUUAGCACACAAAUCAGAAGCCUUGGGCAGCUCUAAAACGAUUUCCUAAAUUGGGGAGGUAACAGACCCUGUUCCCGAAGGUGUGAAUAGGUGUGCUGGGUGAGAAGUGCGCCGUGCUCAAGGCCUUUGACCCUGUGCUUUCCAGACUGAACCAAGUUUCUGCAUUUCUCUAUUCUUAGAACCUUUGGUGUUCUUAUACUUAGCAUAUGUUGUACAUUUCCUGAAGUGUCAGUUACCAUCUCACAGGACACUGAGUGUUCCGGGGAACUUGGAGAAAAGCUGACAAGUUAUUUUAGUGUUUUAUCAUUUACACAAAGGAAUUGUGUUUUAGAAUAUGCCAUAUCUGCUUUGACGCUUUACAGGUUAGCCAACUGAAAAAAUAUAUGUCAAAUACUGGGUGAACAAGACAGAAUCACCCAACCUACUUUUGGGAAGAUUAUUAAAACAUUCCAUUUAACAAUUGUUCAGCACCAUCUGUUUGUAAAGGACACGUGUUUUAAAGGAAGAAGGUGGUGACUUGGGAAUGGAUUGGAAUAACUCCAGAGAAGUCCUUUGUCCAGGGAACUUCUUCGUUGGGUUUGACUUGAGAAGAACAAGUCAGAUAAGGUUAGUCUCCUCAUUAUAAAUGUCUAAGGUAAUUUCAGAUCGUUCUUUUUUAGAAAUCUGGUGAAGUGGUGUUGGGAAAGAUUCCUUAAAUCAUUUACUCUUGUUGAUUGCAUGCAGUUUGUAUUAGGGACUGCCUCCUGCACAGUUGCUGAGCUGCACUCACACAUGGAAGGGCCAUUGCAGAAAAGAGGACAUAGAUUUAUUGUCUAUGGUCCUCAACCACAGGGGAAUGAGUAUUGGCUUGAAACACAGAAUAAUCUUCCUAAUAGAGCUGCCCACUCAUAGAAUGUGCUCAUUUGUGAGGGUGGGGGAUUGAAUUCCUUGCAACUGGGUAAGUUCAAGUAAAGAUUGCUUGUCCUCUUAACUAUGAUGUCCCCUAAAUAGCUGUCCCCAACCUUUUGGUACCAGGGACUGGUUUUGUGGAAGACAGCUUUUCCAGAGACCAGGUGGGUGGGGGGAUGGUUUCAGGAUGAAACUGUUCCACCUCAGAUCAUCAGGCAUUAGAUUUUCAUAAGGAGGGUGCAGCCUAGAUCCCUAUCAUUUGCAUUUCACAGUAGGGUUCAUGCUCCUAUGAGAAUCUAAUGCCUCUGCUGAUCUGACAGGAGGCAGAGCUGAGGUGGUAAUGUUCGCUUACCCACUGUUCACUUCCUGCUGUGCGGCCUGGUUCCUAACAGGCCACAGCCCGGUACUGAUCCACAGCCCAGGGUUGGGGACACCUGCUAUAGAGCAUUCAAAUUGGAAAAUACGUCCUUUGGUCUAAGAAUCUGAAAUUUACUAUGUUCCUUGCUCAUAUAUCAAAUGAUGUAUUUUAGCUAGAGCUUAUUAAAUGUCACAACUUUACUGUUAAUAACUUAAAACUUCUGUUAGUGAGGCCAGGACAGAGCAGUUGGUAAGGACAGUUGUGUCCCACAGUGACUGUUUGGAUUGGUUCUAUGUUCUAGGAUUGAGUAAAUAUCAUUUUCAUGAGGUUAAAAUCCAAUUAGGAGGUCUGUCCGUUUUGGUUGUUGGCUAGGUUUGUUACUUUUUAGUUUCAGUAGAGAUGUGAGAAGCUUUUUUGAACAUGUUUAGCAAGGUUUGAUUUUUGUAUUUCUGAAUAUAACUCUGAGAAGAAUUCUCUCCCUGCUGUCCUGGUGGCAGAAGGCAAUGGACUUUGUCUGCCUGUCUCUUGGGGGACAGAUACAUGGGCAUUUAAAGAGCCAUUCUAGUUUCAGGAACUUGAGAAUCAGGAGUCCUGAGGGUUAGUGCUAAUGCUUUAAAACGUUCUUAGUUCUGCAAUUUUAGUUAAUAGUGUGGGGCUGAAAAAGCCUUUUUCCAGGAAUAUUGUGAGAGUAAGAGCUUUUAAAAUUAUAGGAGAAAACGGCAUGGCCUUUUCAGUUAAUAAUACAUGAAGAGUUUUCUCUUUUCAGAGUCUUCCUUUCUUUGGUUUUCAAAAGGGAAGACAGUCCAUGGCCUUUUUUGGUUUGUUUUUCAGGUGAAUUGUGGAGUUUGCCUCUAAAUAGUAUCUUUGUGUUAAGGGACAUGAAUGUUGCUGAGCAAAUAGCAAGUUGAUGAGGCAGGUGAUUCACACUCUUCCCUUCUGUAACAUGGCCUGCAGUUCUUAGAAUUGUCUCAUCCUCAGCUUUUGGACUCUUAAAUUUUAGUGAGUUGCCUGCAUCCCAUGGGAACUCUGGGUAAUUUCUUCUGAAGUUUUUUCUAAGUGGUCCCUGCUAGCUGAUGGUGCACAUAAUAAAGCAGUACGACGUUUCUCUUCUGCGUACUGGGAGAGAACUGCUAUCCUUUAUUGAUGUGUAGCUGAUCUAUAGAUUACUGGCCUAAGAGCUGCGUGGCGGGGAAGGUCAGGCCUGUGUCUGCCUCUCCCCCUGAAGACAUGUUCAUCAAGCCACUGUACAUCUCAGCCAUUAAAAAUACCCCUUUUUUCAUUUAAAAGUAAUUGCCAUUAAGUAUACGUAACAUAAAAUUUACGAUUUUAGCCGUUAUUAAUAAAUACGUGUUCAUUGGCAUUAAGUAUAUUCGUAAUGUUAUGCAACCUAUCCCUUUCCAGAAGUUUUCAUCCCAAACAGAAACUGUUAUCAGUUAAACACGGACUCCUCAUUGGCCCCUGACAGUCACUAAUCUACUUCCUGUUUCCGUGGAAACAGAAAAUAUCCCUAUUUGGGAAGUUUUAUGUAAAUGGAAUUAUAUAGGCCAGGGCUCAGUGGCUCAUGCCUAUAAUCCCAGCACUUUGGGAGGCUGAGGCGGGUAGAUCACAAGGUCAAGAGAUCGAGACCAUCCUGGUCAACAAAGUGAAACCCCGUCUCUACUAAAAAUACCAAAUUAGCUGGGCAUUGUGGUGCGCGCCAGUAGUCCCAGCUACUCGGGAGGCUGAGGCAGGAGAAUUGCUUGAACCCAGGAGGCGGAGGUUGCGGUGAGCCGAGAUUGUGCCAUUGCACUCCAGCCUGGGAAGCAGCAGCGAAACUCCGUCUCAAAAAAAAAAAAAAAAAGAAUUAUAUAAUACAUGGCCUUUUGUGUCUGGCUUGUGUCAUUUAGCAGUAGCAGAGGAGUCCCCAACCCCAGGGCCACAGAUCGGUACUGGUCCAUGGCCUUUUAGGAACCCGGGUCACACAGCACAAGGUGAACGGCAGGUAAGUGAGCCUUACCACCUGAGUUCCACCUCCUGUCAGAUCAGCGGUAGCCUCAGAUUCUUACAGGUACGAGAACCUUGUUGUGAACUGUGCAUGCAGGAGGUGUAGGCUGCAUGCUCCUUAAGAGAAUCUAACUGAUGCCUGAUGAUCUGAGGUGGAACGUUUUCAUCCCAAAACCGUCCCUCCUACCCCCGCUUCUACUGAAAAGUUGUCUUCCAGGAAACCAGUCCGUGGUGCUAACAAGGUUGGUGACUGCUGAUUUACAUGUUUUCAAGGUUCCUCUAUGUUGUAGCGUGUGUUGGAACUUCAUUCCUUUUUAAUCCUGAAUAAUAUUCUGUUGUAUGCAUAUAACAGAUUUUUAAAAAGUCAUUCGUACUUCACUGGACCUUCGAACUGCUUUUCCUCUUUGGCUGCUGUGAGUGGUGAUGUGAGCAUUGCUGUCUUGCUGAACAUUGCUGUAUCUGAGCUCCUGCUUUCAGUUCUUUUGAGUAUAUACUAAGGAGUGGAAUUGCUGGAUCGUAUGGCAUUUCUGUAUUUAACCACCUGUUCCCUGCAGUGCCUUGGUCAUUUUUUUUUUUCUUCUGAGAAGAAGUCCUGUUCUUGUCACCCAGGCUGGAAUGCAAUGGCGUGAUCUCAGCUCACUGCAUCCUCUGCCUCCCCGGUUCAAGUGAUUCUCCUACCUCAGCCUCCUGCGUAGCUGGGAUUACAGGUGGCUGCCAUCACGCCCAGCCAGUUUUUUUUUGUAUUUUUAGUAGAGACGGGAUUUUACCAUGUUGGCCAGGCUGGUCUCAAACUCCUGACCUCAGCUGAUCUGCCUGCCUUGGUCUCCCAAAGUGUUGACAUUACAGGCAUGAGCCACCACGUCUGGCUGCCCUGGUUAUUUUGAAACUGGGCAGUAGUACCUGUGCUUGUAAGAGUAUUCACAAAUACAGUCUGUUCACUUUUCUAAUUUAAAGUUUGGAACUUUGUCGUGGAACUUACUACUCGUCUUUCCCGAAUGUCUGUCGUUUGGCUACCUGUGUUUGUUCCCUACUUUACCACAAGUUCCUUCACCUGAUCUGCAUUCGCCUCCAUUGACCACCUUCUUUGUACUUUAUACAGCAAUAAACAUUUCUUGAUAAAUUGAUUAGAAGUACAACAUAUUCUAAAGUAUUGUUUUUAAAAAAGAAAUCUGUUUACAAGAAACACAUUGGAAUUAUUUCCAUGUUUUGUUUUGCUAAAGUUGAGAUCUGAUAUUAUUUGUUAAUUUCUCUUGGUUAUGGAAUGAAAAGUAUUCCUGCUAUUAAAAAUAAAUGUUAGAGGAAGGGAGGAAACAGAGAAGUAUUCUGACAUUGGGGAAAGGCUUCCACUGGGAGCUGAAACACUGUGGGAAGAGAGUUGCUAUUGUUAGAGUAGUUCUGUGCCGUGUUGGUCUUUGUUUUGUUUAGACAUUGCUUUUUUGGGAGUCCACUCUGCAGGCAUGUAAGUCUGAAGUUUAAGCCUCUUUUUUGACAAGUGAGGGACAGGUGAAAGGUGGGUUAUUUUGGUUGUUGGUUUUGUUUUUAAUAGACAACCAGAAUUUUUACCUCUCGGGUCACUUAUAGCACGCAUGUGUUGUUACGGCAGGUGGCUGUGUAUGUUGGCAUUCAAACAGACACCGAUACGACUUUAUUUAGAGAUGGAGUUUCGCUCUUAUUGCCCAGGCUGGAGUGCAGUGGUGUGAUUUGGCAAUCUCCGUCUCCUGGGUUCAAGUGAUUCUCCUGCCUCAGCCUCCUGAGUAGCUGGGAUUAUAGGCACGCACCACCACGCCCAGCUAAUUCUGUAUUUUUAAUAGAGAUGGGGUUUCUCCAUGUUGGUCAGGCUGGUCUCAAGCUCCUGACCUCAGGUGAUCUGCCUGCCUUGGCCUCCCAAAGCUUGGAGAUGACAGGUGUGAGGCACCACGCCUGACCGGUCGUAAGAUUUUAAACAUGGUAGCCAUCCCGUUGUGCUUAGGCUAAAAAAUAGCUGUGUGCAGAUUAAGCUACAUGUUUCACUUGGAUAUAAAGUUCUCCUUUUAUUAACAGACAUAAAAGUGCAUUGCUUUUGUGUUCUCAGUUUCUCUGAGCCCUUAUUUCUUGUCUCUUUCAGUGGUUGGCUGUCGUCCAUAGCGGAGCUGAAACUCUCUUUGCAGGAAUUAAGCUUAAAAUAUCAGUUUAAGGUUGUAGUCAGCUGCGGAGUAUGAUAACAUUUUGAGCAACACAGUUUUCAACAGCACUCCUUUAUCACUGUGCCUGAGAAAGCUUUUAUUAAUUUAUUUAGUUUUUGAGACAGAGUCUCGCUCUUGUUACCCAGGCUGGAGUGCAAUGGCGCGUCCUCGGCUCACCGCAGCCUCCGCCUCCUGGGUUCAGGCAAUUCUCCUGCCUCAGCCUCCCGAGUAGCUGGGAUUACAGGCAUGUGCCACCAUGCCCAGCUAAUUUUUUUUUUAAAUAUUUUUUAGUAGAGACGGGGUUUCACCAUGUUGACCAGGAUGGUCUUGAUCUCUUGACCUCGUGAUCCACCCACCUCGGCCUCCCAAAGUGCUGGGAUUACAGGCUUGAGCCACCGCGCCCGGCCGAGAAAGCUUUUAUUAACCGAAUUUCAUGUGAGGUUCCAUGACACAGACCAUUGUACAACCAUAUUUUUUAAAGUUUAAUAGGGAAACAUAGUAUUUUUCUUGCUUUUAAAAAAAUCCUUCAGUUUAUAAUUAUCAGGAGUAUUAGAUAUCUUGUAAGGGAAGGUGGACUUAGUUUUCUUUCUUUGAGUGGUUAACGCGGGGAUGCCCUAAGGUGGAAGCUUUAUGUGGCUGAAACAGCCCAUCCACUCAUUGUCAUAGAAUCAAUUAUUAAUUCAGCAAAUGCUUAUGGAGCCUUUGCCAUGCAUGUGGGCCUUGUGCGAGAAGCCAGGGAUAAGAUCGGUUCUGCACCUGCCUCCUGUAACUUAGUCCACUUUCCAGGUCUCCCCUAGGUUUUUCUUCAUUUUCGUUUUUAAAAUGGAGACAGGGGCUCACUAUGUUGCCCAGGCUGGUCUUGAACUUCUGGGCUCAAGUGAUCUUCCUGCCUCAGCCUCCUAAAGUGCUGAGAUUACAGGUAUGAGCGUAGCCUCUCUCUCUCUCUGUCUCUCAUUUUUUGAGACCGAGUCUCGCUCUGUCGCCCAGACUGCAGUGCAGUGGCCAGAUCUCUGCUCACUGCAACCUCUACCUCCCAGGUUCAAGCAGUUCUCUUACCUCAGUCUCCCGAGUAGCUUGGAUGACAGGCACCUGCCACUACACUCAGCUAAUUUUUGCAUUUUUAGUAGAGACUGGGCUUCACCACCUUGGCCAGGCUGGUAUUGAACUCCUGAUCUCAGGCGAUCUGCCCACCUCGGCUUCCCAAAGUGCCAGGUCACAAGUGUGACCCACCUUGCCCAGCCUUUUAGCCACUCUCUUAAAAACAGCUUUAUUAAAGAUGUAGUUCAGGCCAGGCAUGGUGGCUCACAUCUGUAAUCACAGCACUUGAAAGUCACCUGAACCCAGGAGGCGGAGGUUGCAGUGAGUUGAGAUCGUGCAGUUGCACUCCAGCUUGGGUGACAGAGCAAGACACCAUCUCAGAAAAAAAAAGUAAUUCACGUACCAUACAUUUCACCUGUUUAAAGUGUACAACUCACUGGCUAUUAGUAUGUUCACAGAGUUGUGCAUCUAUUACUGGAAUCAAUUUUAGAGCCUCUUUUUUUUUAAAACCCCAAAAAGAAGCCUCUUUCCUUUAACUGUUGUCCUCAGUCUGCCUAUCCUUCUCAGCCCUUGGCAAUACCUAAUCUACUUUCUGUCUCUAUGGAGUGGCCUAUUCUAGAUAUUUUAUAUAAAUGGAAUUAAUGGAAUUAUAUAAUAUGUGGCCUUCGUGUCUGGCUUAUGUCAUUUAGCAUAAUAUUUUCAAGGUUCCUCCACAUUGUAGCAUGGGCUGAACUUCAUUUUUUUUUCAUGGCUGAAUGAUAUUCCAUUGUAUGAAUAUACCACAUCUUUUUUUUUUUUUUUUUAAGGCAGUCUUGCUCUGUCACCUAUGCUAGAAUGCAAUGGUGUGAUCUCGGCUCACUGCAACCUCUGCCUCCCUGGUUCAAGCGAUUCUCCUGCCUCAGCCUCCAGAGUAGCUGGGGUUACAGGCUCCCGCUACUGUGCCUGGCUCAUUUUUGUAUUUUUAGUAGAGAAAGAAUUGCACCAUCUGGGCCAGGUGGGUCUCAAAUUCCUGACUUCAUGAUCCACGUGCCUCAGCCUCCCAAAGUGCUGGGAUCAUAGGUGUGAGCCACCGCGCCUAGCCAGAACUUUUUUUUUUUUUUUUAAUCUAUUCCUUCACUAAUAGGAAUAGUGGGUUGUUUCCACCUUCUGGCUGUGUGAAUAAUGCUCUUGUGAGCAUUCACACAAGUUUUUGUGUGGGCAUAUGUGCUCUGAUCCCCUAGAUGUCUUGCCUAUCCCACAGAUCCAGGCCUACCACAGAAAAAUGUAGAAGGAUCCUAUACCAUGUAGACCUAAUUAAGGAGUCAGGGAAGGCUGUCCCUGAGGCCACCAGAUCCAAGCUGCAGCUUGAAAGAAAGGUUGAAUAGAAAAGUUUUUCAAACUGUAGCUGAUCACCUAUUAGUAGGUUGUGAAUUCAAUUUAGUGAAUGGUGGCCAGCAUUUUUUAGGAGGUGAGCUAAAAUAGAAUAGUAGAUAUUAGAGGACAUUCCAUGUGGUAAGGAUAAAUAUUGCUCCAUGAAAUUUAUUUUCACUAGCUAUAUGAGAGGAUAGAGCAAAUUACAAUGUAAGAGAUAUUUUGGAUUGCAGUCAGAAAAAUAGGAAAGCCAUUGCUCUAGGGAUUUUUGAGAAGGAGAGUAUUAAUCUGGAGCUUUAAAUGUGGUUCCACAAGAAGAUGGAGAGAUACAGGACCCGGAGAGACGAGAACCUAGGAAGCUGAAGAUCCUUUGAAAACUUAAAGUUAUGUGAUUUGUACACUUUUAAAAUGAUUCAUUUAUUCAACAAAUACUAAAAUAUCUACCAUAGGCCUAGAUUGCACUAAGUUCUGGGAGCAUAUAUAAAUAAGAUGUGUGUGAUUUCUGUUCUUUUGGGAUCUGGCAGGGAAGACGUUAAAUCAAUUAAAAUGGUUUCUACAAAACAUGGUUGGUUGAGGCUCACGUGGUGGCUCACGCCUGUAAUCCCAGCAUCCUCGUAGGCCGAGGCGGGCUGAGGUCAGGAAUUUGAGACCGGCCUGGCCAACAUGGUGAAAUCCCAUCUCUACUAAAAAUACAAAAAUUAGCCCGGUUGUGGCAGCGGGCACCUGUAAUCCCAGCUACUCUGGAGGCUGAGGCCAGAGAAUCACUUGAACCCGGGAGGCGGAGGUUGCAGUGAACCAAAAUCACGCCACUGCACUUCAGCCUGGGUGACAGCGCAAGACUCUGUCUCAAAACACAGAACAAACAAAAAGUAAAAACAUGGUGGGUUGUCACAUAUGCAUCUUUAGUUUUUUUCAAAGUGUCUCUAAAGUGAGAAGGCAGUGGACUGAGAAAGACAUUAGGCACCUCAAAGAUAGGAGAAUAGGAAAGGAGACCGCAGCAGUUAAUUGCCGUCAGCACGUUUUUGGAAGGAGUCCCUCAUGUGGCUAACUGGGGGAAGCUGAACUCUAAGGGUCUCAAAAAGGAUAGCUGUAAGUGAGCCAGGUCACUCCAUAAAGUCCCGAGAAGUCCAGGAAUUGGAAGCCCCAGGUCCUGCAUCAGCUGUAGGCUAUAGAGCUGAAAAGAAGAGCAUUAGAUGACGAGCUGUAAAAGCAGUUAAGCCGCAGUUGCCACCCCCACCCAUCAGAUCCAGGUGCCUGCCCCUCCUCCCAUCUGAAGGUUCUAUUGUGAAAGCUGUAAAUCAUUAGCCAUCCAUCCCCCCAACCUGCAAAGGUAUGCACCUAAUAGAUAUAUGAUACCCAUCAGAAACAAUGGCACCCUUAGUUUACAAGGAGAAAGAGGCCUAACCCCUGUGGGUGCGUCAUGAUCUUAGAGGGGCAGGGGUUACGUAGUUUGAAAGUUACCUCCAAGGCGAUUUUGAAGCCGUGAUUCUCUCAUCCCACUCUUGCUUACCAGCCGCUGAUUUUGUCCCUUGGAGGGAUUAGCUGCCUGUCAAACUGCUGGGACAUUAUUUUUCUCUUAAUAAAAGUAGUUUGACAUCCAUCACAUAUAUCGUGUGCUAGGUCUUGUGGGAGGCAAUGUAACAACAAAAGGGUGAAAUAGUGUCCUGUGCACGUGGAACUUCAAAUCUAGCUAUUGCUGAUGAUAUGCAUUCUAAAUUAAACACUUGCAGAAUAAGACAUCUUGUCAAGGUGAAGGGUUUAAAACCUCUCUGUCCCAUCCUGUCCACAUCUCCUCUCACCCCCUUGCAUCUGGGUGUGCUCCCAUAAACUUCAGAGCACCCAAGAUUUAUAGAACUCCUGGCAGCAGCCUCCCCGAGGGCUGGGCUUCUGUGUGUCAUAAACUUGCUGACAUUUUGUGUGACUGCUUCAGUACAGGAGUGUAUAUUCCCCAAGACAAGAGACCUGAGACCUUUUCUCUGGUUAAGAUACCAAGGGUGAUUUCCAAAUUUUAGGCAUCCUUCCACUUGUUCCACCAAAAAAAAUUUUUUUUUCUUCUGGGAAAAUAGCCAGGAUGAUUGCAAAACAUCAGCUUCUAAAAAGGCAAAACUCCAUGGAUGUAAGAAAGUAAAUUUCCUUCAGGGCCACACCCAUAAUAACUCUGGAAUUUUCAUUUAAUGCCUAACUUAUUUUUUGUUGUUGUUUUUUUUAAACUCAAGUGUUCAAGUCUCUUUGAGGUCACUCAUUUGGUUGGCAGAUUAAUAUUCCGAUGUGGAAACUUUCCUUUUAGAGUUUAUAUUGUUUUAUUCAUUUGGUCAUUCAGUAUUACUAUGGGGGUAGCUUUUGGAAUUCUCCAUCCCCAGCUUUCAAAUUACUUUUGUCUUUUUUGUUUGUUUGCUUUCUCCUGAGAAAUUAGUGAAAACAGCUGGAAAUGUUGUCAGGUUGUAGGAGAUUUGCAUUAUUUAAGGAACAACUGGCCGAUCUCUGUACUGUCCCACCUCUGUUCUGCCAAUGCCUGAAAUUUCCUUUGCAUGACUCAGUUAAGAAAAAAAAAAAAAGCCAGAGGAGGGGAAUGAGUAGAGAGGAGAAGAAACCCUUGUUUCCCUUUUUGAGUUGCAAAAAGCUUUUGUGAAGGUUUUCAUUUAAUCCUGCUUCUGUCCUCUAGUGGAUAGCAGCAUGUGAUGAACUCAGAGAAGCUCUUCUCCUAAAUUGGUCAGUAAGAAGUCCGAAAACACUGUGGAUGAGCUGAGCUUACCUCCCACAAUGUUUUCUGAAAAUAAAAAAUUUCCCCCGCAUAGUAAACACAGUUACCUUUACGAGUGUGAGAAUGUUUAAGAAGAAAACAAACCAAGCUUAGAUUUGCAAGAUGGGAGACUUGAAGUUUUGCCUACAGAGAGAGAACGGUUUCUUCCUCCUCUCACUGUGUCCUCGCCAGCGCCUGCAGCCUGCCCUUGAGGAAUGGGUUUUUUCUUUGGAUAAACAGGAAUUGCUGGCUCCUCCACCGGACUUGCCUACAGGCCUGGCCGUUUCCCUGGUGCACCUUCCCUGCUCGAGUUGCUGUCCUUAACAUUUUAUAUUUUUGUGCCAGUAUAGAUUUGGUCCUCUAAGGCUGCAGAUAGAUAGUGGGCAGAAAGAUAUGGGGAUGAGGGCACUGAGCUUACAACCUAUUUGGAGGGACUCUGGGCAGCAUGAGGAUGAGGGUCAGGGCCAGGGCCACAGCUGAGUAGUUGGCAGUCGGGGAAAUAGUGGAGGACAGAGACCUUCCGGUGUGUAUGAAUAGUGCCAGCAUUUUAAAGAUCUUUACCCAGGGAAGGCUGUUUUUUAUGUUUUUAAAUUUUUUUAAUGGUUAUUUGGGAGAAACCAGAAAUCGUGUACUUCAAAAAAUUGGCUGUGUUAAAGUUAUAAAUAAAUGUGAUUUAGAGCUCACUUAUCUGGAGGAGGCUGGCUCAUUCCGUUCCCUCUCUGAGGUCUUGCUUUCAACUUUUCUUCACUUCUCAGAGUGGGCAUGAGAAACCACAGGAUGCAGAAACAUGAAGUCAGUUUUGCUAAAGCAGGUCCUGGUGAGACUCGGAGGGGAAGAGCUGAUGAAAACUAGCGAGUCCAGUGAGAGUUUAAAAUAUGUGUUCAAUUAUUGAUUCUAUGUUUAUAUUCAGUCUUUUUCUAAUUAAAGUGGGUAAGACAUUUGAAUAUAGGGAGAUAAAGGUGCUAGGAGCACGUGUGAGCUCUCAACUCUCGGGCAAGCCUUGCUGCCUGAAUGUUGAAGCCCACAUAAGGAUUAUACACACACACACACACACACACACUACAUAUACAUAUAUAUGUGUACAAACACACAUGCACAUAUGUAUUCAUAAUGAUAAUUCAGCUAGUUUUUGCUCUCCCUAUCAGUAUGUCCUAUCCACGUUGUUUCCUGCUAUGUCGAGCUGUUUCCUUAAUGAGACCGUCUCCAUCUUGCAGCUGUUGACCAACAGAGGCGUAUAUACUUGGCUUUAUUGCAGGAUCUGGCUAUGAUAUAGCUGUGUGUACUGUGUAUAGAUGCUUCCAAAUAACUCGUAUUUUUAUGAUGGUUAGAUUUUGCCUACGUAUUUAAGGUUUUGGUGUAUAUACUAAUUUGCUUCAGAGUCAGAAAAAUAGCAGCAAACUAUGAGAGGGGACUGAAAAACUUUCACUGAAUUAGAGGACAUUAUAGUAGGAAUGGAACAGCCUGUGCCACUGCUUUGUGAGAAAGCAGUGGAGAAAAAUAGAAUAGCUCCUGUUUAUUAAAAGCUUCCUAUAUGUCUGUGCUGUAUGUAUUAUCAGUUUUAAUCCUCACAGUAACUGUGUCAGGUCGGUCCUAAUGAUCUUUCUUUUACAGAUGAGCAAAGUGAAGGCAGAGCCUUUAGGCGUGCUCCGUAAGUUGCAGCACGUGAGCGGCAGUGCGGACGAGGCUGUGUCUCGGGUUAUAAGGACAGGGCUCAUUUCCAUUGCAUUAAGGAAAAUAUCCUAGUCUGUCCUGUUUAAUCCUAGGACCCCUGUGGUGUGGUGAGGUUUUCCCUUACAUACCAGUUCGAAGCCUUGGCUCUGAUCCUGUUUUGGUAGGCGUCUUCUCCUCUCAUUUACUGUUCACUGUGUGAGGAUGAUAGGCCUCCCGAGUUAUAAACACCCCUCUUGCAAACAUAGCAGCUUGAGCUCUCCCUCCGAUGUCUCCCGUAAGGGCUCCGCAAAUGCCCACCCAUGGCGACAGGUGCCGGACGGGGGCCUGAGCACUCUCCACAGCCUCCUCCACAGCACUGCUUGCUUUUCUUCCCUCUCAUCUCUUUCCACCACCUGCCAUUGUUUUUUGUGUUUCCCUCCAGGCAGAUUAGUUAAUAACACCUCAGAUAUUCUGAUACUCUUUCGAUGACAAAAUGCGUUCUUAGUUUCACGCUGUUGUUAAUUGAAGGUACCGGUUCCCACAAAUUGGGAAUUGGCAGGAUUUGAUUCAUCAGUAUUCUAGGCUGCUACUUUUCCUUUCACUGUGCUCACCCAGAACCAGAUCCAGCAGAAUUAAAAACUAAUAGGCACUGUCUAGUCCCUUGCUACUCAAAUUGUGUCGGAGGACCAGCAUCAUUGGCAUUACCUGACAUUUGUUAGAACUGCAAAAAUCUCAGCCCCUCCCAGACCGACAGAACCAGGUCCUGUAGUCUAACAAGAUCUGCAGGUGCUUAUUUGUACAUUACACUUAAGAAACGCUGUAAGCCUACUCUGUUUCUGUCCUUUUCUUCUUACGCUAAAUGUUGUGACUUGGUCAGAGCUGAAAACCUUCAGUUAGCAAUGAUGUUGGUGUUGAUGAGGUCUGCAGAUGAUAUUAAUCUGAUAAAUGCUUCUAACGACCAGGAAGAUAGAAUUGAAACCAGCCUUAAUUAAUUGAAGUGAUUAUUCUAAAACAGGCUAAAAUGGUGUCAGGAACACUGCCUUCCUGGCAAAGAACUGCAAGUAUGAGGAGUGGGCGCAGACGCAGCACUCAGGUGUACUGUGUUUGUGUAGAAAUGCCGUGCUUUGAGUCCUCAAGCCUCAUGGACAGCUGUUUCCCAGGGUCUGUCAAGGUCUCAGUUUUGAAUUGCCUUAGUGAUUUUGGAUGAGAUAGUUUAUGUUCCAGAGGAGGACUUUUUAUUUAUUAUUAUUUUUUUCGACACUGAGUCUCACUCUGUCGCCCAGGCUGGAGUUUAGUGGCACGAUCUCCGCUAGCUGCAGCCUCCGCCUCCCAGGUUCAAGCGAUUCUCCUGCCUCAGCCUCCCGAGUAGCUGGAAUUACAGGCACGUGCCACUGCACCUGGCUAAUUUUUGUAUUUUUGGUAGAGGCGGGGUUUCACCGUGUUGGCCAGGCUAGUCUUGAACUCCUGACCUCAGGUGAUCUGCCCACCUCGGCCUCCCAAAGUGCUGGAAUUAAAGACAUGAGCCACUCACAUCCAGCAUUAUUAUUUUUUUAAGACUACUACUUUCAAGUGUAGUAGUGAGAAGAGGGAAGAGAAUGAGAAGUUGUGUUUGCAACAGUAAGUUGAGAUAAUUCACAGCCGGCAGACUAGCCAGAGGGCCAAUUGUUAAAUCCUCAUUAUCCUGCUACCCUGGAGUCAUGUUAGGUUACUGGAAAGCAGCGCAUCUGGAGGUGUGGCGGUCUGGUCCUAGAGGUGUCUUUCUAAAGUAGCAUUUAGCAUUGAGCCUUUAGUUUUCAAUGGGGAAAUUGAGCAGAGAGGGAACCUUUGAGGACUGUGUUACCACAAUUUUAAAACUAAAAACAGUUACUGAGGAGACUGAGCAUGUUGUUUAUUCUCCAAUGCUCAGUUCCAUGGGAGAAAUUUCUUUUAAAGUUAGGAGGAUUUUUUUCCUAAAUUCUUUUUUUUGUUGUUGUUGAGGCAGGAUCUCACUCUGUCGCCCAGGCUGGAGGGCUAUGGCUCACUGCAGCCUUGACUUCCUGGGUUCAAACAGUCCUCCCAUCUCAGUCUUCUGAGUAGCUGGGACUACAGGUGUGCAUUACCAGGCUUAGCUGAUUAUUCAUUCAUUGUUUUUAGAGAUGAGAUCUCUAAAAAAAUAAAUAAAUAAAUUAGCUAAGACUUCUAGUUGCCCAGUCUUGAACUCCUGGGCUCCAGCUGACCUCCUGCCUUGACCUCCGAAAGUCCCAAAGUAUUGGGGUUAUAGGCAUGAGCCACUGCACCCUACCCGAAAUGCUUUUAUUUAGUGAAAGCUUUAACAUAAUUUUAUUUCCAUAUUCUUUUCAUCUUCCAGGAAGUUCCUAGGCUUUUUUUAAAAAAUUAUAUAUUGGAAACCUUCCUUUAUUUAGGGCUUUUAAAAAUUUUAAUAGAGAUGGGGGUGUCUCAUUAUCACCCAGGCUAGAAUGCAGUGGCACCAUCAUAGCUCGCUGCAGGCUCGAACCCCUGUAAUCAACCCUUACCUCAUUCUCCUGACUAGGUAGGACUACAGGCACUCACCACCAUACUGGGGUUUUGUGUGUGUGUGUGUGUGUAUUCUUUUCUGUAGAGAGGUGGUAGUGAAGUGGUCUUGCUGUGUCACCCAGGCUGAUCUAGAACUCCUGACCUCAAGUCACCCUCCCACCUUAGCCUCCCAAAGUGUGGGAUUACAGACAGGAGCCACUGCACCUGGCCUGUUAAGGGCUUCUAAUUCACUUUCCUUUUCCUUCUUGUCUAAUUCUUGUGUUUUUUAGAAUCAUUUUAUUUUAAGUCAUCUCAAAUUCAUUUUGGAAGUAGUGAGGAAGUGCUAAGCGUGUGUAGAAACCAUAAAGUGUAUUAGAUUCGUUUCUGUUAUACUGACUCGACCGUGUGUGAGCAUCAGCCAUAUGCAGGGCUCUUGGGCUUGAAAUGUGCCAGACCAAGUGGUCUCUAAUUUUCUUCUCUGAACUGAAGGGCUGAGGAAGUGGUAGGCAGAAGUGAGGUCUGCUUGGGAGGGUUGCCUUGACAGCUGUGCGCGCAGUGGGGUGGAAGGGGAGCAGCAGGGCAUCCGUUUGGCAGCUGCCUUGGUGGGCUCAGACUACAGCAUCCAUGGUGAAGUGGGAAGGGAAAGGCUGGUUUGGGCAACUGUGAGGAACAAGGAUGAAUAUAUGUGAGCCAGGUUAUCAGGCCUUGGUGUUGCUUUGAGAACCAUGCUCUCCAGUUUUUGAUAUUUUUUCCUUGUGUCUGGGGAGCUUGAUAAACGAAGCCUUGGACCUUUGUUGUUUUGAUCUUUCUGAGCUCUUUGUCUCAGUCCUACUGUGGGAAAUGUGAAGUGGCUGCAGAAGGCUCUUGUUCUUGUUCCCUUUUUUCUGCCUCCUACGUCAAGUUCUCUACCACUAGAGGGGAGGUGGGCGAACUUCCUUAGCAAGAUCUCUUUCAUUUUUUGGGAGUCCCAGUUUCUAAUACAACUCCAGACCCAUCAGCCACUCAGGAGACCGCACGUGGGAACCGUGUUCCCUUUGCCAGGGAGAUGCUCCUGGGAGUUGCGUUAGGCCAGUCAGGAACAGAUGGCUGUCCUGGGGGCCUGGAUGUCGGCCCAGCCUCAUCUCCUCAAAGCUAUUGUUUGCCCUGGUUUGUGAGGUGCUCAACAGUGGGGCCAGGUGCAAUCAGAGGAGAAUGAAACGCUGUUUUUCUUUGGACCUGAAAUGGGACCCUAUAUUUAGUGCAGCCUUACUUGGUGACUACCGGAAUUUGAGAACAGUGUUUUUCUGAGGCUGGGCUCAUUGGCUUCCAUGAGCUCCUACUAGAUGUUUACUCAUGAAUUAGGCGACUUAAUGUGGGUAUAGGGGGCAAAUCAAAUGAGAAGGAGCUACCCUGUUUAAAAUCACUAAGAGGAUAGACUGUUCUUAAAGGGUCCUACUCGAGCCUACAGAAGCCUUCCUUAGCUUACAUGUUGACUAAUUAGACUAAUUGUCAGUUAUUCUGAUUUAUUCAGAGAAAUUCUUGCUCUGCAGACUGCACUGGGUAUCACAUGGCUGACUUCUUGCUCUGACUUUCUGUGAAUCCUUGCAAGUAAUAAAGUAUCUUUUUCAUGAUGGAGACUUAUUUAGUGUAAUAAUAUUUAACAUUAGUAUUUAAUAAUAUUGGGAAAAUAAUUUAGGUAGGAUUUUGCUGUGUAUUGCAGCAUGCAUUCUUCUAAGCCAUGCCCUUUGAUAUUAAAAGUUGUCCCGGUUUCAAAGGGCAUUUCCUUAACAGGAAGAGCCUAUAAAUCGGGCAGUAGCUAAUGAAGGGAGAAUGGUAGUCUUUUCAGUAGGGGAGGGUAGUGCACACAUAGAGUUAGUAUCUGUUUUUUAGACUAACUGUCCUAAUCUAGAGCCCAUUAAUUUCAUGAAAGGUACAUGCACGUUUAAUAUACCUUUUUCUCGGACCCAUAACUUUUAUUACAUUUUCAAAGGAGUAGAUGACCCCUAGAAGCUAGGAACCUCUGCAGAAUAUCUGCUUGAGUGAGAUAACAUUGUUGCAAUUUAAGAAAUGCUGAAUUUGUACAUAUUUUCAGUUUGAUUUUUGAGAUGGAGUCUUGCUCUGUCGCCCAGGCUGGAGUGCAGUUGUGUGAUCUUGGAUCACUGCAACCUCCACCUCCAGGUUCAAGAGAUUCUCCUGCCUCAGCUCAUUUUCACUUCUUUAAAGAAAUAUAUUGUUAUAGCUCCCUGAAAGUGGUUAGUUAAGUACUGUUUACCCUGACUAUCAAGGAAACAUACUUGCACAUGUUAUUUUCAGACACCAGUCGAUGCACAUUAGUUAAUGAGAAUUGGUCGAUGAACAUGGUCCAUCUUGCUUAAAGACUCAAACUGUGCUGGAGUAUGCUGUUAAUUGUGGUAGUUUCUGACAUUUUUCUGAAGAGAAAAAACACUCCAACAAGGUAAAUAAGAUAAUAUAUCCUCUGUCUUCUUCCUCCUGGCCACGCUUCUGUGUACAUUAGAAACAGCUUUUGGAGGAGGAAUGGGCAUCAUUGGGUGAUUUCUAAUGGGGUUAGGGAAAGCAGUACCUGGCUCGUUGGCUGCAUCGACUAAAGCAAAGACCUAGACUUGCAGAGGAGGAUAUAGGGUUUGUUUGUUUGAGGAUUGUGAUUUCUCAGGUUGGUUCAUUUGCACCAGUGGCUGAAUAAUAUAAUGGAGACUUCAGAAGUAAGGAAAACGACUGUCACUGAAAUGUCUCAGUUUACCUUUAUUUGAACUAAAUGGAAAACAAAUGUUUAAGAGCUAAGGCUAUUGAGUGCUUAUCCUUUGCCAGGAACUGCUUCUGAGCUUUUCACGUAUAAUAACUCAUUUUAUCCUCCCCCUGCCCCAACAAGUUGUGUGGUUUUAGUUGGCCUUGGUGAGGUAUGAAAAGGAAACACAUCAGUGACCUCUUCCUGCAGGCUGGUCAGAUGUUUGAGAUAACAUUCCUUAGCAUUGUUGUUUUUUUUGAGAGACAGAGUCUCGUUCUUGUCGCCCAAGCUGGAGUGCAAUAGCGCGUGAUCUCUGCUUCUCCUGCUUCAGCCCCCUGAGUAGCUGAGAACACAGGCAUGUGCUACCAUGCUCAGCUAAUUUUUGUAUUUUUAGUAGAGACGGGGUUUCACCAUGUUGUCCAGGUUGGUCUCGAACUCCUGACCUCAGGCGAUCCACCUGCCUCCGCCUCCCAAAGUGCUAGGAUUACAGGGGUGAGCCACCUCGCCUGGCCCAUUCUGUAGCAUUCUUGAUGGAAGUGGUGAUUUUGUUGAAAGCUGCUUCUCAGUUGCUUUGGGGUACAGGUGGGAGGGUGAACUUCAGCUUUUCCAAAGGGUUAGGGAAAGACUUUACAGAUCUACACCAGCAGUGUCCAGUCUUUUGGCUUCCAUGGACCACACUGUAAGAAGAAGAAUUAUCUUGGGCCACAAAUAAAAUACACUAACGCUAAUGAUAGCUAAUGAUCUAAAAAAAAUGCAAAAAAAUCUCAUAAUGUUUUAAGAAAGUUUAUGAAUUUGUGUUGGGCCGCAUUUGAAGCCAUCCUGGGCUGUAUGUGACCCAUAGGCCAUGGAUUGGGCAAGCUUUAUCUAGACCUUUCUGAACUACUCAUCUGCCUCCCCCAGCCCCACCCCCAACCCACACAUUCAGAAUUCUCCACACAUUGGUUGUCUGGCCUCUGCUUAAACAGCUGAGUACCUGUCUUUUUUGAAACUACCCUUUGAGGGGAGAUUUAUAGCACCUUGUAGUAUAGUAUAUGAUAUUUGGCUAUAAAAUGUGAUCAUUUAAUAUUUUUCAAUCUUUAUGGAGCACCCACCCACAGGGUUGCAGGAAUAUAGGAGGUUCUGUGGCAAGACAAGAAUAGAGUCUCUGCAUUUGACUUGUUCUCAGACUUGAGGGACAGACAGGUAAGGUAGGUGUCCUGGUGGGCGCUGCUGGAGGCCACACAGGAUGUCUCCAUAGCCCAGAGGAGGGUCUGAGUUAGCCUUUAGGAGCAAGGAAGGUUUUCAGGGGAGUUGGCUUCUGAGUACAUUAAUGGUGAAUGCAUACUGUUAUUAUACAGCUCAGAACGUUACAGCCUCUGACCUUUUACACAAAUAGAAAGGUUAAGGAAUUCUCCAGGUAAAAGAACAAAAAUACCAUCUAACAAUGCUAACCGACUGAGUCAACGAAAUGCAGGAAAUUUGAAUAUUUGGCUCCGUUUUGAACCGCUCAUUCUUUUAAUUAAUUUGAUUUGUGUAUGUAUUUCACUUGUUUUUUAAAGAGACUGAGUCACGCAGUGUUGCCUAGGCUGCCUUAGAGCUCCUGGGCUCAAGUGAUCCUCCUGCCUCAGCCUUUCAAGUAGCUGUGAUACAGCAUAUACCACCAUGCCUGGCUCUCAUUCAGUUAACUUUAAAGAAAUCUAGUGCACUCUGCCACCCAGGCAGGAGUGCAGUGGCACAAUCUCAGCUCACUGCAUCCUCCGCCUCCCGGGUUCAAACGAUUGCCGUGCCUCAGCCUCCUCAUUAGCUGGGAUUACUGGCACUCUCCACCGUACCUGGCUAAUUUUUGUGUUUUUAGUAGCAACAUGGUUUUGCCAUGUUGGCCAGGCUAGUCUCGAACUCCUGACCUCAAGUGAUGUGCCUGCCUCGGCCUCCCAAAGUGCUGGGAUUAUAGGCAUGAGCCACCACACCCGGCCUCCAGUCCUUUAUACAAAGGAAUAAAUAGAGUGCUUAUUAAAGUGCUUUGGAUCACACAUUUACAAACGCACACAUGCCCACACAUAGACACCAGCGCACACAUGCACACACAGACACCAGCGCACACAUGCCCACACAUAGACACCAGCGCACACAUGCACACACACAGACACCAGUGCACACACUGUUUAGGUAACAUAAAUGUGUGUGGCUGUCAGUAAGUGCUGCAUUUUCCUGAGCUUGUAACCUUCCCCUUACUAACUGGUCUCCACAUUGUGACCACCUGAGAAAUGCUGCCUACACACUGCAGUGGUACAUUCUUUAGUCCAGCUGGAAUUGGAUCAAAGGAGUGACCGGGUUCGUAGUCUUGGACUGAAGCUCUCUAAAGAGCAGAGUGUCUGUGAUGUUCAGGCAGCUUUCCAUUACCCUGUGAGAUCCAUUUUUAUCUUUCUUUGCCCCCCCUUCUCAGUAUUCACACAGUUUUCACAGGACUGAUUCAAGUGUGAAGCCAGGAUCUCAUCUUUUAACAGAGUGCCAUUCCACACGGUCCAAGGCACAAUUCUUUGUGUCUAGGUUCCUCCAUUUAGCUUCAAAGGCAGCAUGAUGAUGUAUGGUCCACGUGUAUUGGGGAAGACUCAGAGGAGAGCUAGGAUUGUGAUGGUUGGAUUAACUCAUUUUUAUCAGGCGCACCCUUUCCUCCCCACUCUUGGUUGUUCUGCAGAUAUUCCAAGUAAUUCCAGCUUCAUUUGGAAGGUUUCUCUCUCAGUAGUCUGCUGUGUAGGUAGUUCUCGAAUUCCAACAGAUGGACGCACAGACACAAAAAUCUGCUUUUUAGUGACUUGUAUCUUGCAUGCCUGACCUGGUUCAACAUCUGGAAAAGUAUUGGUAGAAAAGUGAGAAGGGAAAGGAACAAGUAAAGCAAUGUGAACUAAAGGCCUGGCGUAGUGGCUCACACCUGUAAUCCCAGCACUUUGAGAGGCCAAAGUAGGAGAAUUGCUUGAGGUCAGGAGUUUGAGAGCAGCCUAGGCAACAGAGCGAGACCCUGUCUCUAACAAAAAAAAAAAAAAAAAAAAAAAAAAAAAAAAAGGCAAAAAAAAAAAAAGCCCCCAAAUUAGUCAGGCAUGGUGGCACAUGUCUGUAGGCCCAGCUACUCGGGAGGCUGAGGUGGGAGGAUUGCUUGGGCCCUGGAGAUUGAGGCUGCCAUGACCUGUGAUCACACCACUGCACUGCAGCCUAAAAAGCUUGAUUAUUUGUCCUGGUUGAAGCUGUCUUUAAAGAAUUUACAAAUGGUUGCAAGCAUUGCUGAGAGUCAGAGAAGUAUGGUUUCUGUGGUUCCUCGUUACUUUAUCCGUAAAGUAACGUGACAGUUCAUCAUCUUCACAUUCCAGCUGUGCAAAGCACAGUUUGCUCAUUUGUUUGUUUCAUUGUUUCCCUUUUCAACUAUAGUUUUCACAUGUAAAUGAUCAAAUUAUAGAAGCUUAACAGACAGUUUAGGAUUUAGGGUACUUUGAUUUUCUAGCUCAUAAAAUAAGGAUGGAGGAGCAGUGAUCAGUUGUGAUAACUGAGUUUUAUGGUGGAAGGAAAAAGGCACAAGUCCAGAUACUCCAUCUGGGAGCCCCCGGCUCCGAUCAUACUCCAGGUAAUCAUGAAUUGUGGGAGUUCACCCCGUUUAGUGCCCCACAAAGGAACAGACCUGUAGGAACACCUUCUCCUGUCUGCAGCUGCCACAGAGGGUGGCGCAUCCCAUGCUGUGUGUGCACAGGACACUUGAGUAUGUUCCUGGAGGGACACUGCUGCAGUUACUUUACUUACAGAGCUGGGGAGGCCCUGAAUGCUGUCAGAGUCCACAAUGCAAAGCGGCAAGUAUGUUAAAGAAUCUGACACCUCAAGAUUCAACGAGUUUGUUUUUUUUUUUUUUUAGACUUAAAUAUGAAUGCCUAUUCAGGAAUUCAUAUUUAUAGGAGCAAAGCUCUCUUAGGUAUUAAACACCCUCAUCAGAAGCAAAUGAGAAGCAAAUUCCUGAUAUCAGGAAAUAGCAAAUUUUUGCAGAAUGCUUACGCCUGGCACAGCAAUCCUAAGAAUGUUUUUCAGUUUUAAAGCUUUUCCUCUCCUACUGAGCUGGAUGUAGCUUGUCGUUCAUUUAUUUAACAGAUAUUGAGUGCCUCCUGUGAGCUAAGCACUUUCUCCGUGUUGAGAGUAAAGUAGCAAGCAAAGCAAAGCCCCAGGCUUUGGGGAGAUGGACAGUAAACACCUGGUGAAGUAUCUGGUAGUCACAGAGCCGGGAGGGUAGGAGAUGGAGUAGUGUGAUGGGUGCGGUUGUAGAUAACGUGCCAGGGAAGGGGGCAUGUUUAGCAGAGAGCUGACGUGAGGGAGAAGGCAUUCAGGUGAGGGCACAGGGGUGCGUGGAGACCCUAAUGUGCAAGUGUGCUUGGCAUGCUUAUGGAAGUGAACUCUAAAAGGACCACCGGGCAGAAGUGGAAGAGCUAGGGUAGGGAGGUGGGGCCCCGCAAGGCCUCUUAGCUUUCCCAGUGGUCUCCCCUUCAUCUGCUUGCUUGCUUGCUUUCCUCUGUGGCAACAUUAGUUCUAGUGUAAUCAAUAUUAGUGGGAAAAUAGAAAGUUCUAUAUAAAACUUACUUCUGGAAACGGAAGGAUUCCUGCUUAGACCUCAGCUGUUGAUGGGUGGUAGAUUAAAGGCCCUUUCCUCACUCCUGGGCUGCGCCCUGAGAUGAGCUUUCUGUAUCCAUGUGGUAGAGAAUUCAUUGAAACUCGAAUACUUGCCAUUACGUGAGGCAGAAGUAUAUAUUCUAUGAAAGGGUGUUGACAUAUUGUCACAUACCAUGAGCUGCUUAAUCUGGGAGUAUUUGUAAAAGUGUCAUCUGGUGUGAAGGCUGCUAUUUAACUAUCUUUAAAAAGUACUGGAAAAGAGAAUCUGCUUACGCAUUUUAGGGUUUUGCUGUAAGUCUGUUUUUGUGGAAAUGAUUUGUGUUCAGUAGCAUUUUCCCCCCACAGCUCUCAUAUGGCAUUGUUUUGACUUGUUUGGAAGGUAAUUUGCUUGGUUUAAAGGGAAUUAUUCAAAGAAUCUGAGAACUUUUAAGCAUUACCUUAGCUAGAAAUUAGAAGUUAUUGCCUUUACUGAAAAGUCCAUUAUUUAUUCAUUCAUUCAUCCAUUUGUACAACGAAAAUUAUUCAGCAUGUAAUGUGUAGCAGACAGUGUGCUGAGGAUACAGCAGAUGUAACAGAUGCGGCUUUGUUAGUCUUGCUAGGCAGCAAGAGACAAACGUAUGCAUACACAUACACACUGAUUAUGGUGAGGGCUAAAACUUGUUGGGAAGAGUGUUGCCAUAGGGAAUUUGGAGUGGGCUGGGGAGCUGUGUAGGAAGUUAGAUGAGACACUUUAAAGAAAAUAACACUUAAGAUGAGGCCUGAAGGAAAACAGAGCCCGAUCCAUUUGAAGAAUGAGGGGAAGGAGUUUCCAGGCAGAUUCAACAGAUUGUGCAAAGGCCCUUAGGAAGUGUGUGGUUUUAGGGGAGCUGAGGAACAGUGAGGCAAGAGCAUCAGGGGAUAUUGAGGAAGUCAUGCUGGGUUACGUAUACUGGCCAGUGAGGAGCUUGGAUUUGAUUUUAAUAGGGAAGUAACAUAACCUGAUAUGUUACUUAGAGAAUUACAGUGUUAACAGUGGGGGUGAGAAGUCAGGCUUGGUCUAGGGCAGUGCUUCCUCAAUGUGUGGUCUCAGGAUCAGCCCUAUCAGAAUGACCUGGAAACCUGUAACAAAUGCAGGCUCCCAGUCUUGUUGUGGACUUGUUGAUUCAGAAACUGGAGGUGGGGCUCAGCAGUCUGCUUCAACAAGUCCUUUGGAUGAUCUGAUGUACAGAAAAGUUUGAGAACCUCUGGUCUAGGGAUUGCUGGAGGGGAUGGUAAGCGGUACAUGGAUUCUAGGUAUGUUUUGAAUGUAGGAAUGAUAGGACUUUUAUGUGGGAGCUGAGGAAAAAGGAGAAAUCAGUGAUUAGUUUGAGCACCUGGGUAGGUAAGGACCUUAUCAUCAUUAUUAUUCUUACUAGUUUUUUGAGAUGGAGUCUCCCUCUUUCGCCCACGCUGGAGUGCAGUGGCACGAUCUUGACUCACACUGCACCCUGGUAAGGAGCUUCUUUAUUGUGAUGAGGGAGACUGGUGGGUUAGCAAAAGGACGUAACUGUUGAACACAUUGAGUUCAUGAAAUGUCCAAGUGAAGGUGUUGGCCUGUUGAUGGCAAAAUGAGCAUGUAGCCCAGAGGGAUGAUACAGUUUGAAAUAUGGCUCAGAGGAAAGAUUGUUUCCAGAAAGGAAUUUGGGACUUGCUAGUAUACAGGGAGUAUGUAAGGCACAAGAGUGGGCAAAGGGCGGAGCUGGAAGGAACUCUUGACAGUCACAGGAGCAAGAGCCAGCAAAAGAAUGGAAAGAAUGGCCAGGAAGAAGAGGAGAAUACCAGGAAAAUGUGGUUUCAUGGCGGAAUAUUUCAAGAACAGAGUGAUCAGUGCGCUUAAUUCGUAUGAUGAAGCCGAGAUUUGCGGCAGACAGACCGCUAGCUAGGCAUUCUAUUCGGACUGUCAGUGAAGCUGAAAUAAGAAGUCAAGACUCGACUCGAUUUACAUCACGGGUUUUAGAUUAGGAGAAACCAGAGAAACACAGUCCCAGUUUUCUAUUUACUAGUUUUCCAAACAGCGAGUUUUCAUUGAUUUCACUGGCUCCCCUCCGGCUGCUGCUUGCUGUGCACAAACAAACUCUGAAUGAGCAUUUUGUAGUCCUGAAAAGGGAGUAGCAUAUGGGCUUCGACAGCCGGUCAUGUUUUCUUUUAUUACUAUAUUUAAAGCAACAUUCAAGAUUUAAAAAAAAAUUCCUGGCAACCAGCAUAUGAGGCUGCAGUGAAAUCGUUCCUGGCUAUUGAUACGGGCUAUUGAUUCCUGGCUAUUAAUCAUUCCUGGCUAUUGAUAUGGGCUAUUGAUUCCUGGCUAUUGAUUGCUCCUGGCUAUUGAUACGAGGCUAUUGAUUCCUGGCUAUUGAUCGUUCCUGGCUAUUGAUAUGGGCUAUUUAUCGUUCCUGGCUAUUGAUACGAGGCUAUUGAUUCCUGGCUAUUGAUCAUUCCUGGCUAUUGAUGCGAGGCUACUGAUUCCUGGCUAUUGAUCGUUCCUGGCUAUUGAUACGGGCUACUUAGUGCCUCAUGUCAUGGUAUUGAAUCCAACUUCUUGGGACUGACUGUCUUUUAAUCUGUCACUCAGCGGGCCGGGCGCGGUGGCUCACGCCUGUAAUCCCAGCACUUUGGGAGGCCGAGGCGGGUGGAUCACGAGGUCAAGAGAUCGAGACCAUCCUGGUCAACAUGGUGAAACCCUGUCUCUACUAAAAAUACAAAAAAUUAGGCUGGGCACGGUGGCGCAUGCCUGUAAUCCCAGCUACUCAGGAGGCUGAGGCAGGAGAAUUGCCUGAACCCAGGAGGCGGAGGUUGCGGUGAGCCGAGAUCACGCCAUUGCACUUCAGCCUGGGUAACAAGAGUGAAACUCCGUCUCAAAAAAAAAAAAAAAAAAAAGAAAAAUCUGUCAUUCAGCAAAUUUAUAUUGGCAAGGAAGAAGCACAGAAAGAUUUAUAACUUGCGUAUCUCUUCAAGCUUCUGUUUAAUAUGGUCAAUAUUUUAGAAUUUUCUACUUUUAACAUUUUGGGUCAUAAGCUAUAGAACAUGGGGGCUUGGUGGGAGGAUAUGUGAAUGGGGAGAGGAAGGAAUAUUUGACAUUAUUUAUGUUUGAGCCAAUGAGCUGGGGUCUUUAGGUUUAUUGUUUCAUUUAAUUCCCACUCUGUGGUGGGUGGCAUUUCCCCCAUUAGUAGAUAAGGAAAUGAGCUAGUGAAGAAAACUCAUAUUUAAAUCCAGAUAUAAAAUAGAUCCUUAUUCUGUGCCAAGUGCUUGGGGGAAGAGUGUGUGUGGAGGAGGAGGUGUGGGGACUCACAGAGCAGUGGCCAGGCAAGCCAGAGACACAGCAGAGGGGUAAAGGACCAACGAGGUACUUUAAAGGAGACUGAAUCGUGGCAAGGCUUUUAAGUCUAGUUUUGUUGGCAAGUACUGAAUGGAACAGAAAGACUAUGUACAUGCUCAGUAUAGGGCUUGGAUCUUCAAGACUGGCUAGGAGUUUUCUAGAUAGUGCCUUGAAUCUUGCAUUAAAGUCACUGCAGACCCUGAGCUCUGUGGACAUUUCAUUCAAAGCUUCCUUUCUACUUGGAUUUUUUUCCCGCUUCUUGUGUGCAAGCUUGAUUUAUCUACCAUUCCUUAUAGAGCUACAAGGCCUCAUUUCUUUUCUAUAGAAGUUCUAUUUCUCUGAGUUCAGAUGUCAUGUUUUCAUAAACUUGGGAACGUCACCUCUUUCUCUCCCAGAGUUAUCUUCCAUCAUUCAGGCUUUGGGGGAGCUUUUCUCAGAGCCUCCAUUUGCCUCACCUCUUCUUGCCUGGCACCUUGUAAAAACAGUGUUUGUGGUAAUUAAAUUGAGAUAGGAGGAAUAUAUAUAACUAUUAUGUACUCAUAAUAAAAAUAAAAAAAAAAUGAAAUGAGAGGGGGAAAAAUGUCUCCUGGAUUGAUGAGCUUGGCAAAGCUUCAUGAACACUUUAAUCCAGCUGCUCCUGAACCCGGGACAUCAAAUCUUGGGCUCUACAAUGAGUGCCAGUCUUAGGAGGGUCAUAUGUAUUUCCAGUCACAAAAGAUCUUUCUGUCAUGUGAGAGAAGACAAAAGUUUAUAAGAAUCAGUGGCCACAUGAUUCUUAUCAUUAUAAAAUGAUAAUGAGCAACUUAGGCCUAAAGACAGAUGUCACAGGCUGGUGGCUUGUGGCCUGCUCUUCUGUGGUUUAAAUAUACAGCGUUUAAAAAAAAUCGAUGUUGGUUCCCAGUAUUUAUAAAUUGGGAGAUAUCAGCCAUAAAUCUAUAUCCAUCCUCCUUUUAUUUUUUUUUUGAGACGGAGUUUCGCUGUUGUUACCCAGACUGGAGUGCAAUGGCGCGAUCUCGUCUCACCGCAACCUCCGCCUUCUGGGUUCAAGCAAUUCUCCUGCCUCAGCCUCCCGAGUAGCUGGGACUACAGGCACACACCACCAUACCCAGCUAAUUUUUUUUUUGUGUGUGUAUUUUUAGUAGAGAUGGGGUUUCACCUUGUUGACCAGGAUGGUCUCGAUCUCUUAACCUCAUGAUCCACCCGCCUUGGCCUCCCAAAGUGCUGGGAUUAUAGGCGUGAGCCACUGCACCUGGCCCUAUCCUCCUUUUUUUUUUAAAAAGCCAGACCUGGGAACGCUAGGUCUGUGUCUGUGCUUAUCAGGAAUAGGAAGAGCUGGGUUGUGGUCAGGCUCUUUGAGCAGCAGCAAGCUCUCUCCAGUUUUCUGCCAUCCCAGAAGCACCCUAGUGUUUCUCAUUGGCCCUGAUGCCCAUGUUGACUGCCAUUUGUCAUUGUCCUUGAGGCUGUCAUUUUUUCCACAGAGCCAGCUUUGCUCUUUGACAAAGCUACUUUGGCCUCCUAAUACAUUUGAGUUCACUGACCCUUAACCUAAAUGAUCAGGACAUGGCACAUUCAGAAGUUUGUAUUAUCUUGUAAAAACACAUGAGCAAAGUCUUUCUGUCUGCUGAGGGACACUGCUGGCAUUCAGACCAAGAUAUGGGUGAGAGGAAGCGCAUAUUUAAAUGGAGUACAUCAGGGAUCUUUUGGAGAAUUUAAACCAGAAUUCUUAUCACCCCUUCAGUCACACCUACAUGCCCAUUUCUUCUUGCUCCAGAAGCAAGAAGAAAAUUUUUCAGAUACCGGGAGUAUCUCACCUGUUGUUUUAUGGUGUUUUGAGAGAGAGAGUUGAGGAAAACAAUGAAAAGAUAACAGGGAUAUCUUUCCCCCAAAGCCUUCUUCAGAUGAUUCAGCAAAUGAGAAGAUAUUUGCAGAGUUUCAGUUCCCAGUCCGGGCAUCAGCUCAUUAUCAUUAGUCUCUGAUAUGAGUUUUUAAUGAUCAGCUUGUGCAAAACACAUGAUCCUAUUCAGCAUCAGGGAUCCGUUGUUAGAAGAACAUUGAGGUACACUGUUGUAGGUCAGGAAAUUGAAGGUAGGGAGUUGAGGGUAAGCAGAAGAGAGUUUCAUUCUGGAGUGAGUUCAGUGUUUACAGUGAGUUAGUUCAGGGAAUGUCCCUGGUGUGUCAGGCUUUAUGCUGCUACAAGAGGCAGGAAGCUAAAUAAGACAAAGAGAACGUGCAGACUCGAACAGUCUGGUCUGUUAAGAGGUGUGCCCUGGUGCUGUGCGAUGAUAGACUGGCAGUGGCCCACUGCAGGGAUACAGGGAUGCUCUUUGGUGAUGACUGAGUUUAGCCUUAAGGCCUAAGUGAGCCGGGCAGGCAAUGGCGACAAGAAGGAGAGGAAUUUAAAGUGUGAAGUUCAAUUUAAGGAACAGAGAGAGAGAAUGCAGGGAGGGCUAAGAUAUGGAAGGCUUUGAUGAAGAUUUUGGGGAGCCAGGGAAGAAGGGGAGAGAUGAUCAGAUUUCUAUUUUGAUUGCAAUUUGGUUACUGGAUUACAAUGUGGCAGAACUGGAGGGUAGACAGGGAAGGUUUCAGCCAAGUUAGAAAAUCCUUUUUGGUUUUAGAAGACAGUGAGGGGCUGGGCACGGUGGCUCAUGCCUGUAAUCCUAGCACUUUGGGAGGCUGAGGCAGGAGGAUCACUUGAGCUCAGGAGUUUGAGACCAGCCUGGGCAACAUAGUGAGACGCCCUAGUAUCUAUUUAAAAAAACAGACAGAUGAGGAUGGGAUCUGGAAUGGCACAAGCCGUGAUUUACCCUCAUUAGGUGAGACACAUUUUGGAAGUGGUGACAGUUAUUUUGAAGAACCAGCUUAGAUGCUCCAUUAUAGAAUUAGAUUGAGGAAGGUUGUUCAGUUUUAUUGUUUUGCUGCUUUACAUUUAUAUUUCAAGAGUUUUUUUUUUGAGACGGAGUUUCGCUCUUGUUACCCAGGCUGGAGUGCAAUGGCGCGAUCUCGGCUCACUGCAACCUCCGCCUCCUGGGUUCAAGCAAUUCUCCUGCCUCAGCCUCCUGAGUAGCUGGGAUUACAGGCACACGCCACCAUGCCCAGCUAAUUUUUUGUUAUCUUUGUAGAGAUGGGGUUUCACCAGGUUGACCAGGAUGGUCUCGAUAUCUUGACCUUGAGAUAUCGAGACCCGCCUCGGCCUCCCAAAGUGCUGGGAUUACAGGCUUGAGCCAUACUUACCUGGCAGGGGAGAUACCAUGAUCAAGAGUUUUUUCUUUUAAUGUAUUUUUUUGGUGGGGGAGGAGGAGGGAGAAGGAGAAAGGAACUUCCUGUCACAUAAUUUUCCUAAAAGUUUCCCAGAAUUGAAACAUGUUUAUCAAGAUAAAUUGUAGAAAAAAGUUUGUUUGCUUAUAAUACUGUUUCUAUGGGAAAUCACUCUUCAACAAGAAGCAGCAAACUUCCUAGGAGGCACUGGAGAUACUCUUCCACCCUUAGGAAGCUGAGGAUUGAAGUAUCUCCCUUGCUCGCGCUCUGCGACUAGUUGGUUCUAAGCCUCCUUCCAGCCUCCUGCUGUCGAGACCGCCUUUCUUCUGUUUAUUUUCAUAUAGGAGCUGCACAACUCAAAUGUGCUGUGUUGUGCCAAGACCUCGGUAGCAGGCGGGGAAAAGCACUGCACAGCAUUUGCACAUUCCUGGGGCCCCGCCUUCAUGAUAGACGCUCCGCUGAAGCCAUAGCCCGUGAUAGGCUAUAGAGAUUUUUGUGGAUACUAAAUUCUAUUAAAAUGUAGUUCAGGCUGUCAUCGUUGUUCUCCAGGAAACCUCCAGGAAACCUUUUAAUUAGCCCCUCGAGGGCUGUGACGUCACCCCCGAUCCAUUGUCCAGCUGCAGGAGUGGUUUUCAGCACUGCACACACAAGUGUAUCAUUCCUCACCUUAAAAUGCUUCAACAGUUCCCAGGGCUAACCCAUGGGAGUGGGAAGGCAAGAAGGCGAGUCUCUUGUCCUGUAGCCUGUGUCUUUCUACUCUGUCUCACCGACCCCUGCAGGGCAUGUCCCCCAAGGGAGUCAAAGUUCAGUCCUUGCUGUUAGAUCUCUAGAAAGCUACCUGGCGGGACCCCAUUAUUCUACCCUCCCUGAAGCCCUCUAACUUUAAUUUUUGUUGCUUGCCUCUGGCUUUUGCAAAGUUGAUAUGAGAAGCCAACUUUGAAGUUCAGGUCCAUCUUGUUUGUUAAGGGAAUCGUAAGUCUGUUUGCAAUUCAGUGCUUCUUUGAGGACCUAUGAAUAAUUGUUAAAUGAGCAGCUCAUGUUCUAAAUUGCUUUUAGCAUUUAGUACCAGGAAAAUAAAAAAUGUUUCUCAUUUAAAAAUCUUGUAUGCUUCCUUUAAAAAAUCAAUUUAUUAAAAUAACAGGGUGUUUGGUUUUUUUAAAAAAGAAAAUUUACUUAUUUAUUAAUUUUUUUAGAGGUGGGGGGUGGUCUCACUAUGUCCAGGCUGGCCUUGAACUCCUGGACUCCAAGUGAUCCUCUUCCCUCAGCCUCCCGAAUCACUGGGACUAUUGUAUAUUUGCUUUUUUACUUUUGUUGCCAGGAGACUCAAAUGUGAAGAUUUAUAAUAAUAGUCAUAAAAAUAGUGAUCGAACUGGAAAUCUGCUGUUUUUGUCUGUCCAGCCCUAGGAGCCCUUUCCCCAUUUACUCAUUUAUUUACAAAUAUUAGUGGUUGUCAUGUGCUGGGCACGGAGGAUGCUGUGGUGAAUAAGAUGGGUAGGCAGAAAUGGAAGUGGUUAGACUGUGCUCGUCCAGGUAUGAGAUAAUGUGGCUCGAGUGAGUGUCGGCAGUGAAGGUGUAGAGAAUGAGUGGGUUCAGAAUAUAUUUUUAAGGUAGAAUCAAGUAAAUUUGCUGACGAUCAGAAGUUGGGAGUGAGGGAAAAGGAGGAAUCCAGGACGAUUCCCAGGUUUUGAUCAGGUAUGUGAUACUGACUCCUGCCGAAACUGAGGGAGGAACACGUUGAGGAAGAAGGGGUGGAGAGCUGAAAACAUUUGGGACAUGUUAAUUUGAAAUAGUUGUUCCACACCCAGAUGGAGAUGUCCCUCGGUCUUCCAGAGCUCAGGGUAAGAGGUUCUUUCUCCAUUCGGUAGCACCACCCACCAUGCACACAUGCAUACAUACACACAUGCACACUUCUUUUAGGGAACUUCUCAUGUCCACAGCAACCAUGUGAUUCUUCUAUGGUUCAGCUUCUUCAGCCACAGAAGACCUGAUGCUUCUGUGCCUGCCAGCCUUUGUGCCGUAGUCUUCUGGCCACGGUAAUUAGUCCAUGGGGUGGACAUAUGACCCAGGAGUCCUUCACUGGGGUCCAGGGAAAUACUGCCCAGAAGAGAGAGGUCCUCUCUUUGUGCUGGAGAUACUAAAUGCUUUAUACUCAGAGAGAUGCCUGUGCUGUGAGUUCUGCUGUGUGGAGGAAGCCCGUAUGGAUAGUACAGAGUGAUACCCUUGCCCACAGAAGCAGAGAUUCUCCAGAAGUGUGGAAAGAUCCUUCCCUGUGGUUUGCUACACUGUAUCCCUUGGAAUGCCAGUGUUCAAAGGUGUUAAGUGAAUAAAACUUCUUGGGUUAAAUAAAUUUAAAGAAAUUUCUUGAAAGCAGAACUUCACAGAGUGAGUCUUUAAUAAUGAAUAUAUGGCUGGGCAUGGUGGCUUAUGCCUGUAAUCCUAGCACUUUGGGAGCCUGAUGUGGGUGGAUUGCUUGGGCCCAGGAGUUCUAGACCAGCCUGGGCAACAUCACAAGACCCCAUCUCUGAAAAAAAAAAAAAAAAAAAAAAAAACAGAAAAA